CCUCCGCCGCCCUCGCCCGCCGCCGCCGCGAUGGCCCAGCAGCAGGUGAGCAGCUCGCAGAAGGCGCUGAUGCUGGAGCUGAAGGGGCUGCAGGAGGAGCCCGUCGAGGGCUUCCGCAUCACCCUGGUGGACGAGUCCGACCUCUACAACUGGGAGGUGGCCAUCUUCGGGCCGCCCAACACCCUCUACGAGGGAGGCUACUUCAAGGUGAGCGGGACCCCUUCCCCUGAGAGAGGGGCGGACACACAUAUAGCCCCCUCGCCCGCCCAGGCUUGCCUACGACCCCCACCAUCCACCCACAGGAGUCCUAACUGGGACACAGUCCCCUAGCCAUAGCUGUCAACUUUGCCCUUUUCUUGCGAGGAAUGCUAUUCAGAAUAAGGGAAUUUCCCUUAAAAAGGGGAAACGUUGACAGCUAUGCCCCCAGGUGAGCGGAGGGGUUCACUUCUAUGCCCCCAUCACCUCUGGAGCAUAAGUGGUGCUACAUAAGCGCCUUGCCUUCAAAACCUUCUGUAGGAGCUCCUGUGAGGUUGCCCUGAUAACUUCUUUUUUUAUAUUUGAGGAUGAUGUGUCCACCCCCUUUUUUGCAGCAUGCUCUGUUAUGUAAGCAGCAGCAGUGAAUUUCUUCUAUGUUAGAACUAACUCGCUGCUCUAAACGGAGCCUUUGCCAGCACCGCAGGCAUGAUCCCACACAUCUUCUCUCUCCCGUUCAAAAUUGCCCCUCCCCCCCCAAAUUGCUCUACAUCUUUCUGUUUUUUUCAACAAUACUGCCACUGUUUAUGCUUCUUUGUCUGCAGAAAUCUCCUGCUGACACUUGGGGAUUCUACCUUCACUACUCUCUCCUUUAUGCUUCAGAUUUCUUUGAGCAUCUCAGGUCCUGCCUACUUUCUCCUUCUCAUGUGAAAACCUCCAUAUUUCUAUAACUUGUCUCUAUAUAGGGUAGUCUCCUAGGACGCAUUCUGUUCUUUCCCACUAAAAAGCACUUUCUCAGUAGAUGCAGGACAGAGUACCCAGACAUUGCUCCCUGUCACUGCCAUUCAUCUAAGGGCAACUCUUUUCUCUUGCUCACACAUCCCUAAGGAUUGAUUUAGCUUCUCCAUAAUCUUGAACCCCUGCCCCUAAUCACUAAACACUGUCUGGCUCCCCUGUUUUAUUUUUUCCCAUUUGCAUGGCAGUGUGAGAGGUGGUGUCUUUUAUCUGUUGUCUUGGUUCUCUGCCCACCCCCUUUAUCGCCCCUUUCACCAUCUUCAUAAUUUGUGGGCUAUAGCUCCUCUUAGAGUAUUUAGAGCAGUGGCAUAUAAUGUCCUAUGUAUGUGCCACCUCAUGAUUCUGGAAGCACAAAAUAGUGUUGGGCACAGUCUCCUCACAUAGUCCAACACCUCAACCAGAAGUAAAGUCCCUUUCCCCUCAGUUCUUAUGUCAAACUCUUAAAGGACAUACGAAAACCAGAUCACUGUCACUGGGGGAAGUGUUGAGGGGAUUCCCUCCUACAUACAAAGUAGUUUCACCAAGUGUAAGAAAACUGUCAUCGUGCAAGGCUGAGCAAGAAAGUAUUCCCAUAUUGCCACAUUGUGCUAUUUACUCUGUAAAGAGAGACAGUGUGCUUAGUUCCAGUGAGUGUUGCAUGAAUUUUACUAUAACCCAUGUAUCAGGCCUACAUGCAGAUCUCUGAAACUGGAGUUUUACCUUUGAGGGGGUUUUAAACAUUGUGCUUCUUAAGGAAAAACAAUUGAGCGCAUUUAAUUUUGAAGGAAAGGGAUAACUGGGAUUUUGUCUAAUGCUGAAUAGUUGUAAUGGCUAUAUUUCAGCCAUCUCCUGUUAGACCUUCAAUAAAAAGUUCUUUCCACUGGCGCCCUGAGUACUGUUAAAACCUGCACAUUAAAAUCUGAGUAACCUGGAUCCACCUUUUAUUGUAUUCAGCUAGGUAGGGUUGGAACGUGUUGGAUGCAGCAUCUGCAGUUAACUGUAAAAUGAAUGUGAAUGAGCUGUUAAGGGUGCUUUGCAAAUUCUAGUAACAGACACUGAGCCUUAGCUAGGAGCUUUGUAUAUUGGGAGUGGGUGGCGCUGUGGUGGGAAGCCCUGAGCCUCUUGGGCUUGCCAAUUGGAAGGUUGGUGGUUUGAAUCAGUACGAAGGGGUGAGCUCCCAUUGCUCUGUCCCAGUUCCUGCCAACCUAGCACUUCGAAAGCACAUCAGUGCGAGUAGAUAAAUCAGUACCGCUGUGGCAGGAAGGUAAAUGGUGUUUCCAUGCGCUCUGGCACUCGACAUGGUGUCCCGUCGCACCAGAAGCGGUUUAGUCCUGCUGGCCACAUGAUCCGGAAAACUGUCUGUGGGCAAAUGCUGGCUCCCUUGUCCUGCAGCAUAAUGAGCGCUGCACCCCAUAGUUGCCUUUGACUGGACUUAACCAUCCAGGGGUCCUUUACCUUUUACCUUAUAUUGGGAUACCUUUAUUGCACCCAGCCCGUACCGGUUCCGUUUCACUUGGAUAUCAUUGAGCUGUAGAACAGUUAAAUGCUUGACAUGCUUGGUUGUUGAGAUCCCUAAGUACAACAAAGCAACAUGGCCAACUUCAAGAAACUAAGAAUUUUCUUAAGUGCCUCUUUCCUCUGAUGCAAGCCUUGCUUAAUUCAGUGGGACCUAAUUCUAGUACGUGUGCUUAGGUCUGAAACCUCAAUUUUAUCAGUGUUCACUUGAUAGAAAUCUUUUCUCCUGUUUCCUUUCUUCCAGCUGUGAGGAGUCUAGGUAUACAAGCAUUCCCCAUUCAGGAAAAGGCAUACUCUGCUUUUCACUAUCCAUAGCCUCUUUUAAAAAGUGACUUGCCUUUAAUUUUGUCUGGCUCUUCUCAGCAGCCAUGGCAUAUUUUUAUAACAUUGUUACUUAACAUUGGCUUCGAAUAAACUAAACAUGAGAGGAGAACUCUGGAGUUUAUUUUAAAAGGUAACAUAUUCUCAUUGGCAUAUCUUUACAGUUCUACGAAAUGCUUUGAAUAAUUGAUCAUUAAAUGGCAAAUUUCAUUAUCACCCCUUGUUUGUUUACAUCAUCUGAUAUUCAGAUAUUUUGUUGCCUAGAAAAUUGUCAUAUUUUCAGUCAUAAGACUUUUGGCACUAGAGGGCAAAAAUCAGUGGUGAGUGGAAUGACAUCCCAUUACCAAGGAGGAUACAUUUGGAAAGAAGUAGGUUGGGACAAGAUGCUGUUCAAGAUCAGAUACGUGUAAACAUUUGGAAUUUUAUCACCUUUCACCACAACCCAGCACAUUCCCAAAACGUUGUUCCACUAGCCUCUGUACAUGAGACAGAAUGAUAACCAAAGUGUACUAUCUCAGAACUGUAGAAGUAGGCAUCCUGGAGGGAGCAGGAAGCAGAUGGUUACCCUAUGGUGGUUGUGAAGACAGAAAUGGCAUGGGGAGAGAACCCGUGCAUGCUGCAGUGAUCACUUCAGAGAGAGGACAGCAUAGAAGUGAAGAGCAGCAUUUUUAAAAGGCAGAAUUUUGAUUCUCGUAUCCCAAAUACAAAACUGGUUGGGUGGAAUCUUAUGGGAAAAAUUGUGCAAGGUGGAUGAAUUUGUUAAUCCUCCAGGUUAAAGUAUGUGUUAAGAAUGUAACUGUCCUGAAUUAAACCAAUAGCUAUCAAGUAAAUACUUCUGGAAAGGUUCUAAAUGGGAUGGGAUGUAGGUGAUCAUCCCCUGUUUUGUGUGCAGCAUCUGCCAGUCAAAUUUUUCACUGUCUAGAGGAUUUUGUUUAAUUAGAUAACUUAAUAAUUGAAUUAAAUAAAAUGCUAGCUCUGCCUGGAGGUUCCAAUUAGCUGUCAUGAUGCUAGCUAUUGAUAUACUGUAAUAAUUGUCCAUCUUUAACAAGAUGCAUACCCUAUUAUCCUAUGACUACUGAGGGGUUUUUUUAGGAGCUUAAGUGAAUUUAUCAAGAGCUUUUUGGAAGUACAAAUAUUUGCUGGAUUACUUUAUACAAAUGGUUGAUGAGGCAAGCUUUCCCUUUGUCAGAGGCCAUGUCAAUACUAUCUUAGCAAGCCAUGUUUAACAGUUUCUGCCCCUAAAGAUAUUUGCCACCAAGUUACCAGGGAAAUUGGGAAAGGGAAUGCUGUUGCUUCUUCAGUAUCCAAAAGGAUCCUUUAGAGAAACAGUUCUUGCAGUAGGUGGAAAUUAAGGAUUAAUGGGCACUUCUGUAAUUGUUUACUUUUGAAGGAAAAUAUGUGUUCACUUUCAUGGGAUUUAGAAAGUUUUAGAGAUGUCUUGGACGUUAGGUUCCGACUAUGGUAAUAAACAGAUGUGUUGGUGCUGUGAGCUAGUUGGGAAAUAGCACGGUAUUGAGUGAAUUGUAGGGCAGCAUUCGUAGCACAAGCUGAAGGGACUUUGUCCUAAGAGUCAAAGAGAGAUUUGCCAAGAGAGAUUUUAGUGGAGACUCAUUUGAGUUGGACCUGUGCAAUAGACUACUGUCAAACAUUGUGCUGCAACAAACCAGUCUUUAACCGAUUCCAAAACUUUGCUGCUAAUGGAGGCUCCUGCCAGCUGGGUUAAGGAAUGCUGGUCUGCCUAGUGCCUGAACAUCUGUGGUGUCUCUUCCAUUUGGUUCUGUUAUCCUGUUCCUAUUUACUGCCUUCCCAUUUGUUUGUUUGGAUGUGGCCUUAAUACUGCUGUUCCAUUAAAUUGCCAAAUCCUUCCCGCCUACUUUCCCGCGCCCUUGAAUUGGAACAAAGGGGCCAGGUGGGGUUUCUGAAACUAAGCUUCCCCCCUUUAUUAUUUCAGUUUAAGCACAGCAGGCCCUUCUGUUUCCCCAAAAAUCUACUGUUCCUCACUCCCACUAUCACACAAGAAGGUUUCACACAUAUAGCUCCAUUACACUGAUGUAAACUUUGCUGUUUUCAUCUCUUCCCUGGUCUGCCCUGUGCCUUGAGAGCAUUUAUCUGUCUGGGACUUGGUAGCCUCUUUUGCCCCUGUAAGUGUGUCAUGGUGACAGAACUGCUUGUAUGCCCAUCCAAGUUCUAAUCUGCAUGGAUUUGACCUCACAUAUGAAACUGCCCUCAGCUUAGGCAGACCAUUAGUCCAUUUUGCUUUGAAUACUUACUCUAAAAGCAGUAGCUCUCAAAAGACCUCAAGAAAUCUCUCUCCUACUAGCUAAAUGUCUGGAAAUGGUGACUUGAGUGUAACAAUGGGCUUUAGAAGAGGAUUAGACAAAUUAAUGCAGGGUAAGGCUAUCAAUGGCUACUAGCCACAAGGGCUGUGUUCUUCCUCCGCUGCUGGAGGCAACAUGCCUCUUGGUGCUGGAAAUCACUGCCUCACUCAGCUUUCCAUAGGCACCUGACUGGCCACUGGGAGAACAGGAUGCUGGACCAGAUGUGUCUUUAGAGCAGGGCUGCUGUAAUGAAUCUGGCAGCUUGUGUGUACAAAGCAUGUGUUUUGCCUCAGAGGAGCCUUGCUUCCAUGUGCUCCUUAGAAUCAUAGAUUUCAUAGAAUCAUGGAACUGUAGAGUUAGAAGAGACCCUGAGGAUCAUCUAGUCCAACCCCUCAGUGCAGAAAUAUGCAGCUGUCUCAUAUGGGGAGCGAACCUGCAACCUUGGCAUUAUCACCACCAUGUUCUUACCAACUGAGCUAUCCAGGCUUCUUGUGUUAUGUUACAGUGACUAGACGUGCACCGUCUGACUGCUGGGGGCAAUGGCAGCUAGUAGCAGUUCCCAGUUCUGAUAACUAAAUGGGGGCUCUGUCAAAUAGAAUGCUUGCGGUAGAGCCUUAAGCAUUUAUUGAGUGAGGAAGCUAGUAGAAUAGAAACCUGCCACUUGCCCAGAAGCAAUUAUCAGUUGCCACAGAAGGCCUGGCAAGUGGCAACGUGCCAGGAAGAUUUGGCUGAUGGCUGGUGAUCAAGCAUGGGUUGGAUAUGCAUUUCCACUCCCAGUCUCCCAAAUUGCCGGUACCAGCUUUUAAAGGUGCUGCUGCUGUGGCAGAAUCCUCUUACACCAACUGCCCUAUCUAUAAAUCCCAAUUUGCCCCAGUGAACAAACUGGCUUUAUUCUAAAACUCUCUCCUAAAGUCUACAAAGAAAUGGCAGCAAGGCCUGAAUAAUUGCUUGGUUCUUGCUCCAGAGCUAGGGAUGUCAGUGUGCCACUUGGCAUUUGAUAAAGCUUUUCCCCAAUUAGCACUUCAAGCUGUGGGUGACAAGAGUUGCAUGUUUCCCUAGGGAGAAGGCUAUGCUGACCUCUACAUUGCCAAAAAAUUCUAUGUAGAGGCAGUUUCGUCUGUUAGGAACAUCUUGCCUGCACUUGAAAGAAGGCAAAAGCUUUACCUCUUGACGCCUCUUGUUAUACACUGCCCCUUAAUGGAGAACUAAGAGCAGGAGGAGCAACUUCUGUGCUGCUGUUCCUUUGUGCCUCAUCAUGGGUAAGUUUGCAAUUCAGAACCCUUUAAGCUCUUGAGGAUUAAUGAGAGAUGACUGGUGACAAAGUUUUAUGCAUGAAUGGAAUGGAAACUUGGAGAUGGCUACUUGAAAUGUAAUCUGGGCUCUGGCACAGUAUGCCUAGAUGUUUGCUGUGCCAUAAAAUUACCAAGCAAGCUAGCUAGAUGCCUACUGGCCUGCCCUAGUCCAGAAAAACAAGCAAGCACCCUUGCCUCCUGUCCUCACUUACUUUAGCUCCUUUAAAGUGAGUUGGUGGCAAUAACUCCUUGACUUUUGUAGCCUGCCUGGAAAACCUUGUGAUGGGGAUAAACUUUAGGAAAAUCUUGACCUUCCAACACUCACUGACAAACUGGGUAGAACACAUGAUUUUCUGCAAUGGCAACUCUUCAGAAACCAAAACAAAUGCAAAAAACCAACCACAUCCAACCCCUUUUAGCAAACACUUCCUCUAGUUUAGGAUCUUACUUGUAUCUUACCUUUUUCCGCAGUAUGUUGCAAUUUAAGUCUGCCUUUAAAGCAAGAGCUAACAUCUUGAUCACAAAACCUCUCCAGACACAGUAUUAAAGGAGCAAGUGCAGUAAAUUUGAACAUGUUUUUGCUAUCAAAACAAUGAAUUCUUUGUAGCUCAGUGGCAGUGCAGAGUCUGGUUAGCAGCUGGGUCCUUGUGUUGAAGGCAUAAAAAGAGUGCUCCAUGCUUUGUAGGGGCCCCCAACUGCCUUAAGGACCUAGCUUUAAAAAAUGUGUAAUAUCUAACUUGCUUUAAGUACACGUUUGAAAAGCACUACUUGCCUUGAACACUGGUAAAAGAGAGAAGCUCUCUUCAAAUGGGGAUGGAGUUUCAAUUGCUGCUUCUGUUGGAGUGCUGCAAGUGACAAGCAGGGGCGGUGUUCAUGGGCUUGGGACUUUCGUGGUUUUAUUUGCAAGGCUGCCUCCUACAAUACUCCCUUUAGACAGUGUUAGAAACUGGGAUAUAAAGGCUAUUUGCUACAUGGCACCCUGAACCUGGGUUUCAGGCGCAAAAAACAGUGUUAGACUCAGAUAAUAGAAUUUAGGUGCCAAAUGGCUCCUUAAACCAAGGUUACAGUUGCCAAAAUGGAAUGUGUAGUUGCCAUUUUGGAGCAAGACGGCUCUAAAGUCUUGUUUUUCAAAUGAUGGACUGACUGAUUGAUUGAUUCUCAGUUAAACAUCUGGCUAGUUCAGAUGACAACCUUUAGCUAGCUUAUUAACUUUGAGAGCUUAAAGAAUUAUUAUUAGUUUUUUAUUUAUUGAAUUUAUAUACUGCCCUAUACCUAGAGGUCUCAGGGCGGUUCACAGAGAAGAUCAACAUAAAAACCACAAUAUAUAUAAUCAAAAUAAAAACAACCCAAUAACACCCCCCUUCCGCAAAAGAGCCACAUUUUAAAAAGGACACAGGGCAAAGAAGAAAAGUCACUUUAUCCAGGGACUGUCCAUAACGUAAGACCAUUCAUAACGUAAGGAUAUUUUUCACAACUGUGAACAGGGCGGUGAGGUGGGGUAAGUGAAGACAAGCUACAACAAUUAAAUAUAACAUUGUUCUCUGCUCCUGCUCAGGCUACACAGAAAAAAAGGAUUUUGGUUCCUGAAAUUCAUUCUGAUUGUGCUGAUAACUAAUAAAAUUCUACAGGAUCUGGUCCAAGUUAACUGUCCAAGUUACUCAAAUCACUUGCAGGCACUUCAGUCACGGGGCUGUGGGGAGUGUCCUUCUGUUUGUGGGGUUUGUUUCCUGGGCCUACAAAAUGUGCUUGUGGUGAGUUUUGCUCAAAACUCCAGAAUUGGGAAGACUAAUUUGAUUGUAAACCCCGGAGGACUAAAAUAUAUGUAACUACAGGGAAUAUUAUAGCACAGAGUAUACACUGCUGUUCCUUUUUCUUUUUUUGGCUGGGACCUGUCACAUGAGCAACCUUACAUCUCGCAUACUAUUUGGGGGGGAUGAAGGGGUGUGGAUAAACAUUCCAAGGUUUCGUGAUCAUAACAGGAUUAUUCAAAUAUUGGCAUCUGUUGAGGAGGUCUGCUCUGUAAGCCUUUCUAAGGGUUGGGCGAGACAGGUGGCUCUGUUGGCUGCCUUCCCUUCGCCGUUGACCUGGAAGCCAGAUUAUGCGAGGGAGGCUGCGGAGUGCUUUAAGGUCGUCUAUCAGAGCGCACUGCAGCACCACAUAAUCCCUUUCCCCAGACCACGAGGAGCAGAAAGCAAAACAGGCUGCCUCCUUGGCACUGUCAGUAUUUGGUUUGGUACAUGUGGCAUAUGGCUCAAAGCAUUACUCCCUCUCCCCAAGCCAGUCAGGAGAAGUAAUAUAAGCUGCAAGCUCAGACCAUGUAUGUCUAGUAUAAAUCUAAGUGCUUCUGCCUGUGGAACACACUGUGGCUUUAGAGGUACACUGAGAUUUUAAAAAAACAGUGCAAAUGCUCAGGUAAAAAGUAAUAAAAAUAAGGGGUCAGUCAGACAGUAUCUCUCACUCCUCUGUUGCAUGACUUUUGGAGUGGCUGGAGUCAGACUGCAGGGCAAGUGUUCACUGCACUAUUUGGUCUCCUGCUUAGCAUUUGCCUCCCGUUCUUUCCCCUCUUAGUAGUUUGUAGGUGCAAGAUUGCAUGUACCGAUAAUAACACUGGCAUCUUGGAAAGGCUGGAGUUGCUGGGAAAUGAAACUUGAUCCACCGCAUUGUCCCCUGAGAAUUGUAGUCCUCUACAGCAGCGAGGCUGGAAGAAACCCAAGAUUGAGCCCAACUCCAUACAGCUCACUAGAGAGGAUCAUAUACUACAGCUGCUCAAUUCUAGGCAGCUGGGAGACUGAGACUUGACCCUGGCCAUGGCAGCAGGGCUUUCAUCCUGAAUCCGAGGGCCACCAUUUGCUUUCCUGUCCACCAGUGCUAUGUCUCUGCCCCUUCUUUGCAGAUCUUGGUGGCAGCGUGUGACUAGGGUAGGACAAUACUGAUGUCUACAGCCCUUUGGGGAAGGGUCAUAGCUCAGUGGUCAUGCGAAAGGUACUGGGUUCAACUUCUAACAUAUCCAGGAAAGACGGGGAAGGUCCCCUGUGUGAAAAUCUGGAUAUUUGUUGUUAGCCAGUGUAGACCAUGCUGGGGGACCCUGUGUUUUUGCUUGGAUGGAAUGUUCUCAAUACAGUGGUACCUCUGGAUGCGAACAGGAUCCGUUCCGGAGCCCCAUUCGCAUCCUGAAGUGAACACAAUCCGCAUUUGCGCAUGCGUGGGUCGUGAGUCACCACUUCCUAAGGACACUUACAUCGCAUGGACAGCUGAGUAAUUUUGUUAGCAGUGCAAAAGGGAGGUGUACUGCAAGUUUCUGGCUCCCAAGUUUUAUGCUCACCAAAUGGCUCAUAAGGCUCAUGCUACUGUUUUAAGCACAAAUAGUAAAGCCAUGAGACAACUCAAAUCUGUGGUGGAAUAGUCAGCAGCUUUCCUAAAAUCACCCAUAAUGCGGGCUGUUGAUUGCCCCUGAUUAUCACUAAUAUUAUUUCACGUUUUGGGGAGGGAAAGUGAAACUCAAAAUGACUUUCACGUUUCUAUCAAGGUCAGCUGUGACUUUGUUAAGUUUCAUUGUCAGUCUAACACAGCCCAUUUCUGCCCGAAGAACUAAACGACAACCAGUUUAAAAUUAACGUGGAUGCCUGGUGUUUUGAGGGAUUCCUCUCAAUGCAAGGAGGUGCCAUUUGAGCUACUUAUACCCAGGAUGUGAAUAUUCUGCCUUCAAACUUGGUUACUUCAAGAAACCCAGACUUGGUGUAUCUUUAUUAUACACAAGUAUAUGCACAAGCUGCCUUGAAGUGUUCCAGACUACUUUUUCUCCAGGACUGCAUGUAUGGGGUUGUCCCAUAUUUCUCAGCCUGAGAUUAUCAGUGGGGUGGAAGACUUCUUUGGGACCGGGAAUAGACCUUUCUACCCUUACUGGUGCUUGAAUUUGAAUUUUAUUAUUUCAGUCACAGACCAGUUCCAGCCCACGUACAAUAUCAAGGAAGUCAUAAAACACAAUAGGGAUACAUUCUUACUGGUGCUUCAUCUGUGGAACUCCCUCCCCCUGGAACCUCAAAUGGUGACAACAUCAAUUGAAACUUACUUUUUUCCUCUAGUUUUGGGAAGCCAUGGUUUUAAGGUAGCUCAUUUUGGUAUCUUUUCCUAAUUGCAUUUUGUUGUAUCAAAAAUCCUCUCAUCACCGCUUUACUAGCAUCCCAAAUCACUCUUUUUUUCUGUCGUAGUGUUCAAAUUUAUUUCAAAAUAAUCUCUCAGAUUUUUUUGAGCCUUUUUAACAAUUUCCUCAUUCCUAAAUAAGGAGUCAUUCAUCCUCCAUCUAAAGGCCCCAAUUGGCGUUAAUGUCAUUUCAAUCUUUACUGGAUUGUGAUCGGAGCAGAUUUUCGGACAAAUCACUGCUUUUUUAAUUUUAGGAGCCAGUCCUCUAGUUAUCCAGAUUUGGUCUAUUCUUGUCCAUGUCAUAUUUGCUUCAGAGAAGAAGGUUCCUGGCUGGUCAUUUGUUAGAUGGGAUGCUAAAACUCUUUGUGAAGAGGAAUUCAAAUAAGUUUCUAACCAAGAAUUGUCUUGUGUCUAUGGGCAAAGCAGAUAUUGUACCCUCUAUCUUCUUCCCCCAUGCCCCCUUUCCUUACCAGGUGGGGAGGAGGGUGGGUUAGAGAUAAAGGCUCUUGGUUUAGUUCAGUGCUUCCCAAACUUGGGUUUCCAGCUGUUUUUGGACUGCAAAACUACAGGACCCUGACCAUUGUGUUCCUGCUAGCUAGGGAUGAUGGGAGUUGUAGUCCAAAACAGCUGGAGACCCAAGUUUGGGAAAUAGUGGUCUAGUUGCUUUGCUGACCUUGCAGAACAUGUUUUGAAAAAAAUUGCAGUGAUGCCUUCUUUUGAGUGAGGUGCACACAGGUUUUUGAAUUGGGUAGCAGAACACAUUGUUCCACAGAGCUGAACUGUUAGCCAGGUCCUUUUACAUCAGUAGCAACCUUAAUUACAAGUGUAAUGGUACUUUAACCUGUACAGGGGACAGAAGCUAUAUUGCAUCUGAAAGCAAAUGCAAUAUAAAAUGCAAAUGCAUCAGAUGCAAAUGUUGCACCCGCCUUGGCCUACUUGAAUAGCACUCUCUUGCUCAUGAUUCAUGCCAUUAAGAUGGCUUGUUUUGGGACGCAGGAUAUUUAGAAGUAAUACUGGAGGAUAAAAGUGAGAACUAAGGUGCACUACUACAAAUGUUCCCUUGAACUGGCAGAAGCCUCAGUGUGUCUAAAAUGAAGAGGAUUAGUGAAGAGGCAGAACAGAUUUCUAAGCUAAUGAAUGCAUGGCAAUAAGGCAUAUUAAUGCUUGGAUUCUCUUUUAGAUCCAGGAUCGUUUGCUUUAAAUUACCCCUAAACAAAUUGUGUUGAGUCUGGGGUGUUGGAUGAGUUUAUUUUGUUUAAAAUUUCAUCAUGUGGCAGCUGGUAUCUGAAUCUAAAAGCCUCAGCCGUCGCUCACGUGCUGAGUGUAGCUGCUUGAAUGUGUUAAGCUGUCCAAAUCCACCCUUGGACCUGUUUGUCUCUCUGCAGGACGACACCCCUAACUAACUUUGUCUGCUCAGUGCAGGUCAUGUCACCCUCUGCCAAAUUAAAAACAGCUCCCUGUUAUGCAUGUUGUGUUGGAGUGUGUGCCUUCUGUUGUAAUCUGUAAAACUUUGGGCUGUUCCACAUGCUGCAACUCCUCCAUCCAUAAUCGAUUGCCACACAUAGAAACCAACCAGCCUACUAGAAUAAUUCUACUAGUGCAAUUAAUGCAAAAGGAUUUUUUAUCAUGCUCAUAUAGGAGUCUGAAAAUUCCCAUGCCCCGUCCCUGAAACUUUCUGUAGCAUUUUUAGGAUGCACAAACUGCACAGAACGUUUUUAAGCACCUUUAUUCAAACGCAAGCUGGCUCUUGUGAAACAUCAGGCAGCCUUUCCAUAAAUGUUGAGCAGAUCGUACUGUAAUACCCCCUGAGGUCAUUUCCCAAACAUCUGAUGACUUUGCAUUUUCCAUAUUCGGGAAGUACAGGCUACUGGGAACCUGGCAUCCCAUCAAGUUUGUGUCAGGGUUGUUGUGUGCACUACAAACACAGCUAACCUCUCUUACCAAGACUGUCCCAAAGCAAAAGUUAGUGGCAAUGAACACACACAGGCUUCAAUGUCCUCUGCAUGCUGCCUUUUCAUGUUCCAGCAGUUUGCUUUUGGUGCUUUAGAUAAGCUUUCUGGGCUGAUCACGGACCUGAAUAUGUUAGCAUCUUGAGGAGGAAGUUCCUGUACACAAGGGCUGCAAGCUCCAGUCACAAACCACCUGCCCUUAUAUAUCUCCCAGAUUAUUCCACAGAUAUUAAAUUGUGUGACUGGAGUAGCAUAGGAAACUGGGUGUUGUCACAGAUGUCAUCAGAAUCAUCUCAUGUGCUGUUCACAUUAAGCCUUUUUUCUGCUUAAUGAACAUUUCAAGACCAAAAUAACACCCCUCUCAACUUCAUCUAGUGUGUGUUUGCAAAAGCUCUUCACCCUUGGCUAUGCAUUCUUAAGCUACUCUGUGUGCAAUGCAGCUAAAGCUGAUGUAUUCUCGACAGAAAUAUCUGAAAUGCUAAACUCAAACCGUAAAAAGCAAAGGUAUAAAAUGCCAGUUGCAUCAGAAACCUUUGAGGGCACCAAAGCAAUCCAAUGAGAUUGUACUCUAGUCCAUUCUGUUUUGUUGGGUCUUGCACAUGAAGAAUUGACAUUGGAUUGUGUCCAUAAGCAGAUGCUGAUUGACUACCGCAUUUUGAUUGACUUCUGUUGAUACCUGGGCUGUGUUUGGAUGUAAUGUUAUGGUGGUGAGAGUGAUCUGCAGGAAGCCCUUGCAUGGCCUCUCAAGGGGUAGUUUGGAAACCUAACUCUUCCAUUUGAGAUCAACGACAGUUUGUCACAUCAAAACUUGACAAACUCUGGUAUAUUAACUAUGCUUGAAACAAGCCAACUUUAAACAAUGGGGCACAAAGCUUGCUUGCCUAAACAAACCAUACUUAUCAUUGACUAUAUUUGGGAUAGACAGUAGAUAAUUGAAACCAGAACUGAACACUUCCAAACUCCUCCUUGCAGCCACACCAAAGGAGAUGAGGCUUACUGUGGCAUCAUGUUAGGCUACAAUAUUGCAUGCUGUCGAUUUCCACUGUUCUCACAAGGCAGUAUUUUCUUCUUAAAAUGGUUUUGAAUUGAUAUUUUAAAUCCUUCCAACUUUUCAUGGCCCAUAAAUAGAAACAUUGUAAGAUGUUAAUCUGGGUUUUUUUAUGCCGGUUUACCGUAAGUGAUCUUGUGUUAUGCAAUUGAGGUUAUUUGUGGACUUGUUGCCAUGAAGUGACAACCUCUGUUUGCAGGGACACUGAUUCCAUGGCAUUUUGGCCACCUCACUUCAUUGCCUACCUGCCUGCCUGUGACUCAAGCCUCAGCCCCCUUGUGAGUAUCAGACACAGCCCUCUUGUACUCUUCAUGACUGCUUACCCAUGAGUGAGAGGGUUGCAGUCAAUGUAGCUCCAGGUUAAAGACACAUAGCAGUAUACUUGUUCCCGCUGGCAAAAACUUUUGUUCCGGGGAACCUUACUUCACAAAGGAAUGCACAACCAGGUUGCUGAUAACUUUGUUGCACAAUUUGUUGUGCAACCCUAUGUAAUGAGUUUCUGCUAGUGCUGUUGUUGCAUUGGGAUUCCUCUGUUGUGCAGUGUUAAAACUCACCCAACCGCUAGGGCAAGGGGGUCUUCCACUAGCAAGCAAAGAAUGUUGAAUAAAGCCUUUAGUUUUUGCCAGGGAUCCUUGACCCUUCAACCUAGGCUCGCUCAGAUAUAAAACAGGCUGCCACUUCCUUAACUUGGCUCCUGACUUAUUCCAGCAUAACUGAUCUUGUAAAUCUUCAUCUGCCCCAGCUUCAACAAAACAUGUAUCUCCUGUAUCGGUGUCUACAGCUACAACAGGCGCUGUAACUCUCCAACAGUUUGACUUCACCCCCAACGGCACACCCUUCUAUUGUCUACCAAGACAAAUGGAUGCCAACCAUAAAAUAGGCCCAGUAUCAUCUACACUUUAGCAGCAGGCAAGCCAAAUUCUCAGAUAUUCCAGGUGGGGAUUUAGCCCUUGUUUGCAGAGCUGAACUCCUUAAAUUAAAAGCAGCUUCUGCUAAUGCAUCUUUUCCCCGUGCCGAGAUUCCCUUGGCAGCUAGCACACUGCAGUAGCAGCAGCUGGGUCAAGAAAGUCGCAUGAGAUGCAUUGCACAUCAAACAGCAUGGGAUCCUGGCAAGGUGCUGUCGAAAGGUGGCAACUGGUUGAGACAGGCAGAUGUUGAUGUGCAUAACAGAUUCCGUCGCCGACUAGAAGAAUCAGAUUAUCUUGUUUCUGUGACUGUUCUGUGCCAACAGCAACACUGAUGCUGAUCGUGCUUAUGAAAGAAACUGCAUUUUAUAUGCCUUAUGACUUCUAGCAGUCCCUGCUCCUAUCCUGCAUUUUUUGGGGUGGCUAUUAAGGCUCUCAUUUUGCUCUUCCCCAUGAGGUGUCUAAAGUUUAAUUUUCCUGUUGCGUGCUGCAGGGGCAGGUAACUGAGUGAAAUGGCAGGAGUGGGAGAAAGCCCUCGGGAAGCUAUUGUAUAUCAUCAGUGUGUAUUGCAAGCAUGGACACUACUAAGGCAUGUCAUGCACAGACAGGCGGCCGUGUGCCACUUAACAGAGAAGUUUGAAGGAGUCCCCACCUUGCCUCUCUCUGGCUUGUGCAAGCCAGAGAUGGUGUGGGGGCUCCGUUAGACUUCUCAUUUGAGAAGCACAGGUGUGUGGUGGGGUGGGAGCACCUCAACUCCAAGCUGAGGUGGUUUCAUCCCCGCACCUCAUGGGGCCAGGGACAAGGCAGCUUGCCCCUUCCUUUUAAUCAUCCGGAUGCAUUGCCAGAUUGCGAUGUUUGGCUGUGAUACAUCACAAUGUUGAAAACCUAGCAACGCCCAGCCCUAGACACUCUCUCCGAGGAAGCCCAAUUGGUGCCUUCAUUACAUAGGCGUUAUAACAAUAAUUGAACAACAAACCAACAACACCAGAACUGGCUUAUGAAUAUAAAAAACAAUUUUACUGGAAUAAAUAUAUAGCCUCAUAAACCAACUAGACAGUGAGCAAACUGAAGUGCAGUGUGCAUAACCAAGCCUAGAGAUACUCAUAAACAUAGAAUGUACCAGUGUCUCUCUCAUUGCUGUACUGGUUAUGUAUGCGAUAAAUAUGUCUUAACACAGCUGGAACAAAUAGUCGUUCACUGGACGCACAAAGCAAUAAAUGUAGGAGUGGUUGCCAGAAAUCAUUCUUCAAGUGGUCGUUAGCUGGAAGCGCAAAGCCAAAUGAUCAAUUGAAGCCAAAUUCAUCUAUUUGGCUUCAUGUCUAGUUGGUUUAUGAGGGUAUAUAUUUAUGGUUGGUUUGUUGUUCAUUACAUAGGCUCCAGGCAAAAACAUUCUACUUAAACAAUCUUACGGCUUUAUAAACUGUGGGGUGGGGGGUUGUUUUUAUGCUAUAUAGUUUGUGUUUUAAACUGUCUUGUUAUCCUCAGAUAAAGUAUAGAAAUUUAAUUAGUGAUAAUAACAAUAAUGAAUUUAAUGAAUGGAGAAGAAGUUUCAGGGCAGUGUAUGUGUGCACACACAUCCUCCCUUGAUAUUAUGAGGUUGUUGCAAGUAUACAAGUGGUCCAGUUUCUGUUGGUGAAAAGUAGACAGUAUCUCCACAGAAGUGUAGCCUAGCUAAAAUCACUCUUAUCGCAUGAUAGAAAUUGGUUGUACCUUGCUUGACUGAUAAAGCAGAAACUACUUUCUACCCUUAUUUCACAUGAAGGAGCUGUGUUAGGAAGAGGCGUAUCUUUUAUACUUCAGUUUCUUUUUAGUCUUAGUAUCUUUUGUCUCCUGUACAUCGGUUAGAAACUAGUGUGAUUAAGUGGUAUGCAAAGCGUUGAAAUACAUUUGAGAGAGUCCUACUUAACUCGGGCUUUUAGACAAGCUGUUGCAACCAGUGGAGAAUUGCAAGGCCUUGCUCUCCUAGUUUGCUAGCUGAGCAAGCGACUAUCUCUGGUUUCCUGGGAUACUGUGAACCAGAUAGUUCAAUGUCUGCCUGUUGUAGAAUAUUCCAAACAAAGCUGCUGACACAGGGCAUUUUAUACAGGCGGUUGCCCAAUCAGCUGCAAGUUGCCCUCUGUCCACCUCUGUUUAAAAAUCUCUGUUAUUAAGGGUAGGGAUUGGCAGCUAAAAUGCAGAAGUGGGAGGUAAUCAUUGCUCAGAUGCACAUAAUAGAUUGGGUGCUGCGGUGGUCGGUCACUGUGUCCCCCAGAGAGGUGCUGCAUUACUCAAGGAUUAAUUGAAUAGGUGCUUGUAUGAUAUAGGCAUCAUGUACAUACACAUUACAGGAGUCUCCCCACUUUUGUGCAAUCAGCACACAUGCUCCAACCAACAUAAAUGCUGUAAACGGUGCCGAAAGAGGCCUGGACAGAAUGGAACAGAAUGGGGCAGGGGAGGGAAUAGGGGAAUCCCCACUCACACAUGUCCUGGAAUGUGUGUGUGUGUGUGUGUGUGUGUGUGUGUGUGUAUAUAUAUAUAUAUAUAUAUAUAUAUAUAUAUAUAUAUAUCUAUCUAUCUUCACCCAGAUAAAAAUACAGGAUAAAAGCACAAAAUAAAUAGUUAAAACAAAAACAAAACAAUGACACCCCCUCCCCCCCAAACACAUUUAAAAGGCCAUAGAAUAUUAACCGUCCAAAGUGAGGAUUCCUCAUAUAAGUAGUUUGCUAUAUUAAAAAACUGAGGUAGGAUUAGAUUUUGGCUACAGCAGCUUGUCCUAUGGGAUAACUGCUUGAACACCAAGGGUUGGUGCAGAUGUAGUGCAGCAUAGAAUUGUAGUUGGAAGGGACCCAAAGGGUCAUUUGGUCCAACCCCCUGCAAUGCAGGAUCCUGACAGGUGGCCAUCCAACCUGCAUUACCUUAACUGUGCUUAAGAAAUUGGGCUGAGAUCUUGUGCUUGCCCCCCUUUUUUCCUGGUUACUGCUGCACUGAUAUUAAAGAUGGUUAGGAGUAAACUAUGGCUAACAUUUACUUCCCUAGCUAUGAUUUGGGAGGCAAACAAUUUCCUAGCUUCUAGCAGUGAUGUUUACCAUCAUGAGGAGGAAAGCACACAUGGCAUUUGAUGCACACACAAGCUAGCAAGUGUACAUACUGUGAAAACUGGAGGCAGCACAGUGAUUAACCCUAAAAUAGGCCGAUAUCUUCUACAGCCACCUUGCUCUUGCUGUAUCUUUGUAGCCUCUGGUCUUUGAAGGUGUCACAGCAAAAGCAGCCUUUUUAUGCAAGGAAUUCUUUACCUCCCUGUGAUUCCUUAUCUUGUGUUGAAAAUCUGCACACAGUGUCCCAGCAGUUGACUAGUUCAGAUUAUUUCCUAAAAUACUGUGGGGUAAAUGCUUUACCUCACCUAAGAGACAGAUAAUGCAAAAUGUGUUUUGUAGCUGGUCUGACUGGGCAUAGCAGCCUGGAACUUUCAGUGAAUUCUUUCUAAGUAGCCCACCUUUAGAUAAAUUCCAAAUAUUUAUUAAGCAAAAUUUAUACACUGCUUAAUAAAAUAUCUCUAAGCGACUUAGAUAAAAUGAGAUAAAAUAUUCAUUAAGGUGGCAAUAAAAACUUAGUAACAUGACCUAAAUAUAAAUGAAAUCAGCUUUAUUAAAAACAGAUGUACCUAAUCAAAUUGCAUGUCUGUGUAGGCCUGCCUAAACAAAAAAAUAUUUAGCAGGCAUCAAAACAGUACAGCAAUUGCACCUGCCUAAUAUUAACAGGCGGGAGUUAUAGAGAAUAGGUGUUGCCACACUAGAACAUUAAUAUUGCAGCCAGGAAAAAAUUUAGUUGAAGCACCAGCAAAUCCUGCCUGCCAUUCUCGCUUGGAACUUAAAAUGCAGGACAUAUGCCAACCCUCCAGCUGUUUUGAACUACAGUAAGCCUGCAACUUACAUGCAGUUAACUUGUGCUCAUACAGAUUUACAUGCCUGGCAAAAAAAUAAAAAUAAAAUAAAAAGGGGAUGGGAAGAGGGCAGGUAUCUAGGGGAAAAUGGCUUUGGCAAUCCCACCCGCCGUUACACCCAUUGUGUUUUGACUACAUGCGAUUUUGGCUUUAGGCACAACCCCUGGAAUGUAACCUCCAUGUAAGUUGUGGGUUUACUGUAUUAUACUCCUGUUAUCUCCAACUUGCGCAGAAGGGGGAAAGGUGAUCUGGGAAAUAAAGGAUGAGCUACAUCUCUGCAAACAGGAUCUUCUCCACAUAGCAGAUUUGUGUGUCUGGUCCUCACUAGAAAGUUUAGGUAGUCACUCUGCAUUAGAGUAAGGCACCAUAAAAAUGUAAUAGAAAUUCCCAUCUCUGCCAAAGUUGAGCCUAUUAACAUUAAAUUAAAGAAUGUGUUCGUUGUUAUAUCAUGUCUUCCAUAGACAGUCAUCAAGAGGACACUAUAUAGGAGUAAGGUUUAAACUAUAGAGUCCCCUUGUUUAGACUUCCACUCGAACCUGAAUCUGCUAGGUGGCUGUAAGUAAGGUGGGAAGAAAGCCGAACUCACUCUGCUGGUAGGUCUCUUGCUUGGUUGGCAAGUAGAUUGGCAAGGGUUUCUGACUUCCAUUUGUUUAACAGUAAAAUUACUGUCAUGUAAGUAAACUGCUGAAAUGAAAGCUGAUUUAGGAAUGGAUUGUUAUUAUUUAGGAAUGGAUUGUUAUUAUUUAUUACUAUGUAAUUAAUCUCCUGCACAGUUAACUCAAGGCAAUAUACUGUACAAUAUAACAUGGGCGAACUGUUUCUGAAAAUAAAUUCCAAGGCGCAGAAUGUGGGGUUUUUUGGGGGGCGAAACAGGGCUCUCUGCUCUUUAAUUUUGACUGCUUUAGUUGGGAUACUAGCUGGGGCAAUUAAAAGCAAACGCUGAUCUGAAAAGCCUGAGGUCUGCCUGCCCCUCAUCAUAAACAUGCCCCAGUGAUUUGGCUCAUUUGUUUUUUAUUUAUAAUAUAAUUUAAGCUACUUUUUUGGCCCUAAAAAGGCUCCCAAAGCAGCUGAAUGAUUUAAGCAUAGAAGUGCUAUAAAUCCCAAGUACUAAGGGUGCAGCUUGCAAAAUUUAAGGUAGGCCUCACUAUACUAGAGAAAGUAGGCUGAUUAGAAAUAAAAGCAGAGUACAUAUGAAUAAGUGUAAUUCUAAUUAAACAGGCUUUUACCCAGCUAAUCAGUGGAAUCCAAAUUUACAUAUUGCAAAACCUCAGCUUCAUGUCGACAAGCGGUUGAAGGAAGGGAGACUGUUUCAGGGGGUGAAUUUACAACAUAACCACCAUGAUAGAGGCCAGUUUUUACUAUCUUUUGCAUCUUUUGUAAUAAUAAUGGGGCAUGUAAGCCCCAGGCUUCACACUCCAUUAUUCACCAGCUUACUGGAGUUAAAAUAAUUCUUACCUAGGUAAACCUAGAUUGAAAAGUGUUGAUUUUUAAAAAAAGACACCCAGCAAUAGUGGCUUUCCUAAAAACAUGUUGUACCAAAACGUGUGUGCAAGAGCAUUUUCUUAAUGUGCCAAGAAAAACUUGAUUUAUGCUGACCUAAUUGAUAUUGCUGGUGCCAAAAGCAGCUGCUAAUUCUGCUUAUCAGCUUUGAAGAUGGAAUGAGUGAUAGAAAUAGGUUGCAGGCUCUCUUGGGAAAACCUUCAUGGUUGCAUUUGCACCCUGGAGUGUGAAGCAUGGCAGCAAUCCAGCAUCAUUUUAUAUAUAUAUUUUAGAUUGCUGAAAGAGUUCUAACCAUCACAAUAAAAUCCUAACUAUUGUUUUGUGCUGUAGUGCUUCUGGUAAAGACCUGGAAAAUGAGAUAUUGGUUGGGGAUGCCAAAGAUCCAUUGGGACUUUUCGUACCUCCCGGCAAAGUUGGUGUGAGCACUAGGUUCCGUAGCACAUUCCGCCUUGUAUUCCAGUUAGGUGGGUUAUUGUUCUGCUUUAAGGGAAUACAUAUUUAGAGCUUGCUAGCAUAGCUCAAUCCAGCAUAGGAUUGAGAUAAAUCUUUGUUCUUCUACAAAGCAGCCUUCCCAGGCUGGUGUCCUCCAGAUGCACCAAUUUGGGAGAGAUGAGUCUCCAGAGCCUCUAAUUUGACGGCACCAUUUGACAAAAGUGACUGGCCAUCUUUAUUUGUAUGCCAAUGUUGCCUGUCUGCCUACUUUCUCAUGAUUGCGGUUGGGCCACCCCAGGGAAGAUGUUCUAUGCCAGGGUUUCCCAAAUUGGCUCCCCAGCUGUUUUUGGACUACAAGUCCCAUCAUCCCUAGCUAGCAGGACCUGUGGUCAGGGAUGAUAGGAAUUGCAAUCCAAAAAAAGCUAGAGACCCAAGUUUGGGAAAACCCCUACACCAUUGUUGUUGUGCGCCGCCCUCCAGUAUUGCAUCUUAGUCCCUUCAAGCACUGAAGUGAGAGAGAGUGCACCGUAUUGUUGCUGCUUUGCUCUGCUAGGGGGUAUAUUGCAGACUAGCUACCGCAGCUGCCCGUCCCAACCUCAAGGGUCAGGCUAGCAUCACGGUGGUUGGGGAAUGUGGUGGAGGGGAGCAAAGGAGUUGUUAUGUAGGCAAGGCUGGGGCUACAGUUUGAGGCUUUGCAAGGAGAGAGUGGGCUUCUGCAAAUGAGCUACUUCAUAGGAGAAUGGGGAGGGGAGAGGAUGGGGAAGGCAUAAAUGUGUGCUGUGGUCUAAAGGGCCUUGAAUUCAGAGGGGUGGUGGUGGGGAGAAUGCACUUUUGUUCAGUGCAAAGGUGGGUGGUCCAUUAAUCCCUUAAGCCUUUAAAUGCUAGAAGUGAUCAGCAGGGACUGAAAAACAGUGUCCUUCUGCUGCUUUCGUCAGAACAAGUGUGGGUGAAUUUCGAGGCCCUGGGCUUUAUGUGUCCAACAUGCUGCUUUUAAAAGCCUGCGUGUCUUCCUGUUCUUAGUCCUUAACAUUGGAGCAAGGUGUGAAAAGAAUGUGUGUCGAAUGAGCCAUCAGACCUAGAGGGAGAUGAUGAUGCCUUGUUUUCCUGGCUGGAAUUAAGAGGCUAAACCGUGGCUUGGGAGGCAUGGGUGAGACAAACCAGGGCAGCUUGGAAUUUGUCCACAAGCAGUGAUCUAGUGGUGUCCUUGACAGUAUAAGCCCUCGCUAUAUUUGAAAGUACCCUCUAGAAACCUUCGGAUAUGGCCGUCUCUGUUCAGACACAUAUCUUCUCCCACCCCAGCUCUCUUUUUCUAUUAAUUGCGCAGUUCAGGUUUUGCUUUGGCUGCCCCCAUUGUAUGGUCAAUACACCCUUCUCAGAUACAGUCAUACCUCAUGUUACGUCCGCUUCAUGUUAUGUUCUUUCAUGUUACGCCCCGCAGAGACCCGGAAGUACCGGAAAGGGUUACUUCCGGGUUUUGCUGCUCGUGCAUGCGCAGAAGCGCAAAAUGGCAUUACGUGCAUGCGCAGAAGUGGUGAAUCGCAACCUGUGCAUGCGCAGACGCGCCACUGCAGGUUGCGCUCUUUUCAUGUUGCGAACGGGCCUCCGGAACAAAUCCCGUUUGCAACCAGAGGUACCACUGUAGUUGCCUUGAAUAGUUCUGAGCUGGAAGAGAGGGUGUUUUUGCCAAAAUGUUGACCAGCCAUGAACGGGAACAAGCCCUUUCCUUCAGAUUGGAUUUGUGACUUUGUCAUGUAGCCUAGUCUAGUGAUGUAACAACAGGAUGUAGUAACUUUUGUGAUCACUGUUGGGCUGUAAUCACUUUGGAGAGAAAUGGGUCUUCAGUAUGAGCUAAACCGGGGUGGGGUAGGGGAAGUACCACUAAUGGGCCUGAUACUUGGGUCCUCUGAAAGCCAGCUUAUGUUGGGGACAAUAUUUUGCACAUAUCCAGUUUAUAUUCUACAAUCUGUGCUUUAUUUUUACUGUUUCUCUUAACAUGUAGCACCGUUGCAAGACAUUGUGAUUUUCAAUUGUGAGAAAUAUCCCACUCAUGUUUGCUCAACAGUUCAGUGAACGGUUCAGGUGUGUUGCAGGACAUCUGAAGUUUUCUCCCUCUGCUUACAGUUGUCUGGAUCCGAGCCAAUAGGCAGUAGUGAUUUCUCACUAAUGUUAAUGCUUAUUCCUUUUAAUUCUUGCACAGAUGUUUUUAAACUCCAUUUGGCUGCAAACUUCCUUGAUCCAAUUCCCUCUUUGGGGGCUGAAGUCCCUCCAGACUGUUGUUGGAGGGCAAAAAGUCUCUUUGCUGCAUGACUUAGCCCCCUUACAAGAGGUCAGGCUAUGUAAUAAAGCCUUUUCCCUCUGUCACUUGCUGCUUCCUAUUUGGCACGUAAGUGGAUGUUGGCAUUACAUAGUAGUGGGUUCAUAUGCAACACUUAUGCUACACAUGCAGAUAUGUGGAAUACUUGUGUUGCAUCUUUGAAAAGUCUCUUGUGAGCAAAGUUGGUGUCUUAAUGCUUUUCCGGGACUUAAACCCUUGAACAGCUGUAGGAACUAGGUAACUAGUCUGUUCAGACAUAAUGCUAAACCCUAGAACAAGACUAUCCUCCUCUGACCUUCUUACUCUAAACAGAAAUCAAAUGCUUCUGUUUCCAUUUUAGAUUAACCACAGUUUAACAUGUCAUCUGAACUCAAAACUUUGAUUUUUAUCUCAUAACCCUCACUGGAAACAAGCCAACUUCUUCCCACUAACUGUAGCUGAGAUAAAUCAUAUCUGUCCAGGUUCAAAUGACAUGGAAAUCUGUAGAUACUGAAAAAAAUGUAAGUGAAAAGUUUGCAAAUUCCUCAUUGUGCCUGUGGAGGAGAGACCAUAGGAGUUUAAGAAGAGCCCUUUGGAUCAGGCCAGUGGUCCAUCUGUUUCAUCAUCCUGUUCUUGCAGUCUCCAGCCAGGUGCCCAUGGCAAGCCCACAAGCAGGACCUGAGCGCAGCAGCACUUUCCUCUUCUAUUCUUUCCAGCAACUGCUAUUCAGAAGUGCAUUGCCUCCAGCAGUAUAUGUGGAGGAAUACAUAGCCAACAGACUUAGUAGUCACUGAUAGCCUUAUUGUCACUGAAUUUGUCUAAUCCUCUUUGAAAGUUGGUAGCCAUUGCUGCCUCUUGUGGGAGUAAGUUUGCCUGUGCUCAGAGUGAAGAAGUGCUCCUUAUUAUCUGGCCUUAAUCUUCCAACUUUCAGCUUCAUCGGAUUACAAUGAGUUCUAGGGUCAUGAGGGGCGGGGGGGGGGGGGUUUCUACGCACUUUCUCUGUGCCAUGUAUAAUUUUAUACACUUAUAUUAUGUCACCUCUUUCUUCCUUUUUCUCUAAAUUAAAAAGCCCCAAAUACUAUAAGCUUUCCGGGGUGGGAGGUGACAGGCUUAUUCUCAUAGUGCUAAACUGUGGUUUAGUGUUACAGUCACAGUCAAACCAGUGGAUAUUCCCUGCUGUUUUGGUAGUGCCAUGGAAUAUCUCCCAGGUGCCCCUCCACAUUGUCUCUAGCAGAUGGCAACUCACCUCAGGAGUGUGAAAUGGUUCACCACAAAACAAACGCAUCUCAGAAUCGGUGGAAGGAAACCAUUUUAGCACUGCCAUACUUUCUAAUUCCCCAGCCUUCUCACUCUGAACCUCUCCUUUCCCCCUGCUAAGUUGACAAGUGUCCAAUUGUGUGUUGAUGCAGUGUUUCACUGCCAACACGUAGCUUUUGUUAAUUUCACAAGUUAAGAGUUGCUGAGGUCAGCAAGAAUGGAAAAAGCUUUUCAGAAUAGAGAAGAAAUGUGGGGAUGGCUGCCAGUAGUGGGCAGGGUCUGGUCUGAUCUCCCUUCUGGUACAAGGCAGAAUGGUGAUGGUGCUGUGCUCUAGGUGCAAGGGAGAUCCUUCCACCUUCUCUCCGUUGAUGGCACGUUGUGAAUUAAGAGAAACACACUGAGACCCAAGGGGGAAAACGCAUCCAGCAUAUUUGCUAAAGUGUGGAGCAGGAGAGCUUAGCCUGCAACCCCAGGAUACCUGUCUUUGUGUAUUCAGAGUGCUGUUUCGUAAUCUUGUUAGCAUUAAGUAUGAGGGAAGGUCAGCAUCCUGUAUCUGUAUCUUGCAGAUACAAGUUGAGUGCCAGAACAGUUCCCAGCUGAAACUACUCACUGCACAAUGAUAACUUCCGCCUCUCAGGCCUUGGGUGGCAAAUAGUCCCCCAGCCUAAAAUAGCUACUCACCAACAGCAACAAUCCAUAUAACAGAUAUGGAAACAGGGACCAGGUCCUGAAGUAGACCCAAAGCCAGACUUGUCACCGUGACUUCUCUAGAGACACUGGCACUUGUCAUCCACAACAUCAGGAAAUCACUUGAUCAUCUUCACUUGCUCACCUGACACCAGAAAUAAUAAUAAUCAUCAGCGCAUAAGGCCUUUAAGAAUCAUAUUGUCAGGAAAGCAUUGUUUAACGUUUGGGUGAGAUAUAAGGAUUUGUUGGAAUGCAAAACACCAAGGUGGCUGUCACCAAUGGAGGCAAAGGCAUUGAAAAAAACAAAUAUGGAGACAAAUUGGCCAAAAUAUUGUGAAAUUUUAGAACAAGUUGGAGAUAAAUUAAAAUUGCAGAGUUUUGACAAAUUAAAAACUAAAGUUUGAGAUUGGCUUCACUAUUACCAAAUAAGGGAGGUUUUUAACCUAGAUAAAAAGAUUGGUUUCCAGGAGGAAAAAUCUAAACUGGAAACGGAAUUGUUAGAACCUAAAACUAAAAAUCUGUCAAGAAUGUAUAAUCUGCUGUUGAAAUGGAAUACACAGGAUGAAAUGGUUAAGUCUGCUAUGAUUAAAUGGGCACAAGAUGUUGGGCAUAAUAUUAUGUUUGCUGACUGGGAACGGUUAUGGACCACAGGUAUGAAGUUUACGGCUUGCAAUGUAUUAAGAGAAAAUAUAAUGAAAAUGAUCUAUAGGUGGUACUUAACCCCAGUCAAGCUAGCCAAAAUCUAUCAUUUGCCCGAUAAUAAAUGUUGGAAAUGCAAAGAAAAUGAAGGAACCUUUUCCACCUUUGGUGGAUGUGCCCAAAGAUCAAGGCCUUCUGGGAAAUGAUAUAUAAUGAAUUAAAAAAGGUAUUGAAAUAUACUUUUGUGAAGAAACCAGAGGCUUUCCUCUUGGGCAUGGUCGGCCAAUUGGUGCGAAGGGAAGACAGGAAUUUUUUAUGUAUGCGACAGCAGCGGCAAGAAUACUUAUUGGGAAAUACUGGAAGACACAAGAAUUGCCUACCCGAGAAGAAUGGCAGAGGAAAGUGAUGGACUAUAUGGAACUGGCUGAGAUGACCGGCAGAAUUCGAGAUCAGGAAGAAGGGUUGAUGGAAGAAGACUGGAAAAAAUUUAAAAUAUAUCUUCAGAAACACUGUAAUAUAAAAGAAUGUUAGAAAAAGGUUGGAGAAGAAUAUUAGACCGUAUUGGCAGACAGGGUAUAAUGGAAUAAGUAAAUAUGAAGUGUAAAAUGAGGAUAGAGGAGAAUUAAAUACUUUCGAAUGUUAAAAUAAGUAAAAGAAAAGAAGGUUAGAAGGAUUUGCUGGAGAUACGAUUUAAACUAGAAUACAAAGCAGGGAGGUGAGAGGAAGUCAUGGAAACAAGUAAAUGGGAAAAUGGUUGUAAUGGUCUAAUUUGAUUUUUGUCAUUUUCUAUUGUGAUUUUUUGUUUUUUUUCUUAUUUCUUUUUUACUGUCUGUUUUUUGUAAGAUGUAUGUGGUUUGUUUUUUUUCUAUACCUUUUUUUUUGUAAUUUUAAAAUUGGAAUAAAUAUUCUUUAAAAAAAAAGAAAAAGAAAUAAUAAUAAUAAUCAUCAUCAUCAUCCUUCACUAGCAGGUCACAGAGCAAGAGCCAAAAAGCAAGUGGGGGAGAACAUUCAACCACCCCAGUUCACUUUUUAAUUGACCUUACUGCAAAGGGAAGCUGCAACAUGAAACCAUCAAGAAGUUUAGUGUGGCUUGAAUCAGGGCAAAAGGGCUUGUAGUCCCACUGAAACUAUAAUUGACAUAACUAAGGUGGAUCCAUUAUCGUCAGUGGGUCUACUCUGAGUAGGCACCCCCUGCAGUUUUAAUCACAGUUGUUGUUGUCAUUUAGUCGUUUAGUCAUGUCUGACUCUUCGUGACCCCAUGGACCAGAGCACGCGAGGCACUCCUGUCUUCCACUUCCUCCCGCAUUUUGGUGAAGCUCAUGCUGGUAGCUUCGAGAACACUGUCCAACCAUCUCGUCCUCUGUCGUCCCCUUCUCCUUGUGCCCUCCAUCUUUCCCAACAUCAGGGUCUUUUCCAGGGAGUCUUCUCUUCUCAUGAUGUGGCCAAAGUAUUGGAGCAGUACUUGUGUUAAUUGGUUAACCAAUUUUUGUGUAUGUAACGGCCAUCCUUAAUAAUAUGGUAUCACUAUCGUAACUUUUGUGCACUUCAUUCUGACCUCACUGCUUACAGUUCCUUCCCAUCAGCUGUAGAAUAUACACUUUAACUCAGGAUAAUGCUCAAUUCACUAGCUAGACCCGAAGCCCGCAAACCAUAAUACGUAAUUCUGUUGGCCUGAAAGGUGGCAUGAGAUUUUCUCUUCUGUUUCAGCUUCUGUACUUUAGGAAGACUCGUCUCUGUUCAGUCCUGUAGACUUGCGGAGAGCAGUGUCAAGAGGUUGUGCUAGCAGGGGUCAGGUGCUUCUCGCAAAGGCAUGUGUCACUGUCCCAUUUCCAGGGAUGUUUAAGGCUGGUGUGAAAUGGAGCUUUCAAUUUGUCUCACUGCAGGUAGUCUUGUAAGUAGUGUUUUAUUUAAGCCUUGGGCUGCUAAAAUAAGACUCCUUCUCUGCCAGUUCUCACCCCCUCUCCUUUCCAGCUAUGCUAUUCCACCUUUUUGAUGUGCAGCUGUCUUCUCUUAUGAGUUGGAUGGAAGCUUCUGGCCCAGUAAUCUUUAGCUUUGCAUGUUGCUUGGAUGGCCACAAAUUAUGUAAAUAAAAGAGAAUGCAGAUAUUCCAUGUAAUAAUAAAAUUGAGCAAGUUUUCCUUUUGGGCACCAACUGCAUCUGAUGAUGCUAAAUGGAGUUCUGAGCUACCUUACCUGCAGCAGUUCCCACCUGAGCCCUUUGCUGAAAGGGGCUGCGUGUUGCCUAUUUUCUGUACAGCGGAAGUGCAAAAUGGUGUAUGUUUUUGGUACUGAAUGGUAUACGGCUAGUGUUUUUGGACUGCUUGUCCACAGAUUUGACUUUGGUGUCCGUUCACAGGUGUGACCCAAAUAAGUGGGAAGAUUUGCAAGUUGGGGGCGAACUCUAGUAUUUGCAAUACACUCUGCAUGUUAUAGCUUGUGGAAGGGCCCCAGCUCAGUGGCAGCACGUCUGCCUCGUGUGCCAAGGGUUCCAGGUUCAAUCCCCAGCAUCUCCAUUUAGGGCUGGGAGAGAGCCCUGCCUGAAUUCCUGCAGAGUGGCUGCCGGAUAAUGUCAACCAUACUGAGCUAGAUGGACUCGUGGUGUGAAUCAGUAGUAAGACAGCUAGCUGCGUGUGUUUCUAGAAUGUUGGGAGGAGAGUUCUCUAGCCAAGCUUUCCCCCCAGAGCUAAGGACUAGCUUCCAUCCAGAUAAGCUUAUGCUUUCCAUAUGAAGGGAAUCUUUGGUGAAGGGAACGUCCAGAGAUGCAAAGCCCCACUUGCAUUUUGCACUAUCCCGGGAGGAUUGUACUGUGUGUACCCCCCCCCCCAAGUGCUUUUGCACUGAACUAAACUUGAUUUUUUAAAAAGGAAUAAAAAGACACUGGUCUUUUAAGGAAUUUAUAAUCUGCUUUUCAGGCACAUUCUUAACAAAGCAGCUUGCAGCAUAUAUGUAUACAAUCAAAAGUCAAUAUUAAAAUAAACUUCAAAACUACUCGUUAAUAACAAUGCUAAAGGCUUAAAUGCAAAAUCAGGCACAUCAAGAAUAAGAAAGCAGCCAGACCCAAGGUAACAGAUCUUAAGGAAUCCAGCACACAGGCUGAACAUUUUGAAUAGCCAAAUUCCAUCUCUGAAAUAAGCUAUUUCUCCCAAAUGUUUGGGACUUGAUCCUCUGUGCCCAAUCAGUGGUUCACUCUGGCCAUUAGCUCUCUUGUCUGCUGCUGCACUAGAGACCCUCUUUGUGUAGCUUGAAGAAGUCAAUCUGGGCUCUCAGAAACUGAAGAAAGGUAAGGCAGACAAUUGCUUUGCACCCUAGAAGCAACUUAAAAUAGCACAAUCCUCUGCAGUUUAAAUCCCUUUAAAAAGAACUUGAGGGCAGAAAGGCAGUGAUUUACCUUUUUCCAGUACAGAUGGAGACUCCUCCAGAACUCUUCAGUUAAAACUGAAUCUGGGGUCAGCGUCCUGCUUAUUACCAAGUGUGCUGCUCUCCAAAGCAAUUUAGCAGUUUAAAAAUGGGACUGUGUUUUGCAGGGCAUGGAUAGAGUGAGAAUGGAGUCACUGAUUAAGCCCAGAAGGGAAUCCAAAACCUGGUGCUGGUGGUUGCUUAGUUGGGGGACUAUCUGGGGAGAGGGGAGACAUUCUUUUAUCCCAAUUACACCAGAACUGCAAGGUGGUUUUGGGGUUUUUUAAGGAACUAUUUAUAUAUGGCUUCUAAAACAGAAUUUCUCAAUUGCAAAAUAUGGCCUCUUGGUAUUACAGGAUUCUGCCCCACACUUGCAGGCAGAGGAGAUUCCGAACUGCACAAUUGCAGAGAAGCUUCUGUAACUGAUCCUAGUACUGUACUUAAAAUCCGCAAUGGCAGUCACAGCUACAAUUGGGAAGCUGGUGAUGUUGGCUUCCUCUUGCCAAUAGGAAAGGGCUGUAACAGAUAGUGACUUGCUUAAGAUCAGAUGCUGGCUUCAUGGUGAAGCUGAGGCUUGACCCAGGGAGUUUACUGGCUUACACCUAACGUGCAGGGAGGGGACAGUUUGCUGUUUGAAUUCUGUUCCAUAUGAAAAAAAGUUUCAUCCACAUGGAAAGCUGGGGGAAGAGUCUAGGGUGCCCUUCUCUCCAGCAUGCUGGUUUUCUGUGUGGAAGAAACUCCCCAGUCAUUUAAAUUUUCUCCUGCAGCCUGAACAGAGAUGUUAAGGCUCAGGAAAAAAACAGGGGGGGGGGGAUGUGGAGGGGACAGUAAAUGUCCCAGUCCCCAGGUCUUUUCCUGGUCAUCCUUUUUCUAAGCCUGGAGUGGCUCAGUGAGAAAUAGACAUGCUUAUUGAUGGGGGGGGGGAGAGGAGUCUGCCCCAGUGCCAUUUAUUACAUCUGCAUGGCUUAGAAAGUGGCCUGUCAGCUGACAGACAAAACGCUCUUGAUUCUGGAAAGGCGGCAGGGUCUGGGCCGUGUCCUUCUGGGACGGAUCGCUGCCUGGAAGGAUGGCGAGAAGGCAGAGGGAGUUGUGUAACAUUGCAGCAAUGCCUUGGUUUACACUUCCCAGUCUAUAAAUAAUUCCCUUCGCCUUGCUGCUUCCAGUGGGGCGAUGACUGCUUGCGAUAGAGGUGACUGCCUUGUGUUUUUAACAGAGCAUGUGACUGCAGGGGGUGGAGGGAAGAGAGAAGUGGGAAGGUGUUUGUGUCCAGGGGUGGGGGGGGUGGGAAUCUGAGCUGAUAAGAGAUUGAACUGCAUAAGAGGAGGGGGAGGCACUGAAUCAAGGUGGAUCUGUCAGCCAGUGACUCACAAGCGCUCUGUUAGCUGGAGGGUAUUGCUGGCAUUCCAAUUUAAAAGCGCUGCCUAAAAUAUUUAAGAGGAGCAGGGGGGAGCAUUGAUCACAAGCGAUUAUUUCUUCAGAGAGUGCUGCUCUGUUUGUCGAAUGCCUAAACGGCUCCCCAUCUCCCCACAAAACAGGCAGAGGGCAGACCCCUCCAAAGCUCUGCAACAUGUUGCUUGAGAUUCUUGCACAAGUUUUGCACAGCUUAUAGGGCCAGCAGGAAUGCUUAUAGGGCCAGCAGGAAUUCUGGACUUCCUGGCUCUGCCACCAGCCUCCUGUAGACGUCCCUGUCCUUGAGGUGAGACCCUUCUGGUAGUGGCACUCCGUAGUGGAACACACUCCCUCAAAGAGGCACCUUAUCCUCGGGUUCCAGUAGAAGAACUCUUUAUUUCCCCCAAGGUUUUUAGAUGACAUUUCAUUCCUAGUGGCUGUUAACGCUGCUUUUGUUAUCUUGUGGAAAUGCACAAAAAAAAGGAGGCACCCAGUGAUGUAAACAAAAAAGAGAAAUGGAAUCUCAAGGAUUCUGAAAAGGAAGAGAGUGGUGGUGUUCAAGCAACCAUUCCUUUUUAGCACCUUCGUGCUACCUUGGUAAUUUUGCAGCCUUUUAGUCUAAGGGUUGUUUGCAUUUAAAUUUUUUAAAAUUUGUUAGUUCUUGUGAACUACCGUGGGAAUACUUUUGAAAAGUGGUUUAAAAAUACAUAUAAUAAUUCUUCUGUUUGCUCCUUAUGCUCAUUCAUGUAAAGUUGUGAUGUAAAGCUCCCCUUGUGGCUUCCCGUUGCUUACAGUCUGUGCUACUCUCCAUAUCUCAAGGGCUGCCACUUAGAAGAGGGAACAAGCUUGUUUUUUCCUGCUCAAGAGGGUAGGACCCGAACCAAUGGAUUCAAGUUACAGGAAAGGAGAUUCCGGUUCAAAAUCAGGAAGAACUUUCUGACAGUAAGAGCUGUUCGACAGUGGAACAGACACCUCCAGGAGGUGGUGGACUCUCCUUCCUUGGAAUAAUAAUAAUAAUUUAUUAUUUCUACCCCGCCCAUCUGGCUGGGCUUCCCCAGCCACUCUGGGCGGCUUCCAACAAAAUAUUAAAGUACCGUAAUGCAUCAAACAUUAAAAGCUUCCCUAAACAGGGCUGCCUUCAGAUGUCUUCUAAAAGUCUGGUAGUUGUUUUUCUCUUUGACAUCCGGUGGGAGGGUGUUCCACAGGGUGGUUGCCACCACCGAGAAGGCCCUCUGUCUGGUUCACUGUAACUUGGCUUCUCGCAAUGAGGGAGCUGCCAGAAGGUCCUCGGUGCUGGACCUCAGUGUCCGGGCAGAAUGAUGGGGGUGGAGACACUCCUUCAGGUAUACUGGACCGAGGCUGUUUAGCGCUUUCAAGGUCAGCACCAACACUUUGAAUUGUGCUCGGAAACGUACUGGGAGCCAGUGUAGGUCUUUCAAGACCAGUGGUCCCGGUAGCCGCUCCCAGUCACCAGUCUAGCUGCUGCAUUCUGGAUUAGUUGCCUUCAAAGGUAGCCCCAUGUAGAGCGCAUUGCAGUAGUCCAAGCGGAAGAUAACUAGAGGAUGCACCACUCUGGCCAGACAGUCUGCGGGCAGAUAGGGUCUCAGCCUGCAUACCAGAUGGAGCUGGUAGACAGCUGCCCUGGACACAGAAUUGACCUGUGCCUCCAUGGACAGCUGUGAGUCCAAAAUGACUCCCAGGCUGCACACCUGGAAGAGGUUAGAUGGCCAUCUGUCAGGGAUGCUUUAGUUGAGAUUCCUGCAUUGCCAGGGGUUGGACUAGAUGACCCUUGGGGUCCUUUCCAACUCUGCAAUUCUGUGAUUCUAUUAUUUUCCCACACACUUCCACCCCCAGUGUUUAUUCCAGGGGCCUGCUUGCCUGCAUAAGUAGAAUGCUGCCUCCCCUAUGCUUCACAUCCUGCUUUUCCUUAUUAGGAACCUCAUGUUGGUUCUCCCCUUCCCCUUAUUAUCCCUGCAACAACCCUGAGGGGUAGGUUAGGCUGAGAGGCGGUGGCUGGCCCCCCAGGUCACAACCCAGGUUGUUUUAGUUGCUAUUGUUGACAUGGACGGCCCCCAACCUGGACAGCCUGUUGAUACUCAGGGCUGCUUAAAGCCUUGAGUGGUUCCUAGUCUAGCAGAAAUAGUUGCUUAAUUGCAAGCUUGCGCUGGCCAAUUCUUCCUCGGCAGCAAGAAGUGUUGUGCUGUUUUUUAUUGGGGGAAGGAGGAUCUGCUUACCCUUCGGCUCCAUCUGGUGCAGCAACGGCUCUUGCUAAUUGCUCUGUGACGAGGGCAAGUUCCAGAUUGUAACACACCUCCAAGUGCUGAGUCACUUCUCUGCUCUUGGCUGGCAGAAGUUGUUGCUGCCGCUGCCACCUCUUGUUAAACCCAAAUGAACAUUCAGUGGCUGGUCGGUCAUCGGAUUCCUUUUUGCACACAAACCACCGUGCCUAAAAGCAAUGUUAACAGUAUAUCCUCUGGUCCCAUUUUUUUUUGGGUGGUUUCAGACCCUCUUGAGAUUGCACUAAGAAAACAUGUCAGGUCCCACACUGUGUUUAUGGCUGAGUGGAGGAAUCUUACCUUUGGCAGUCAUGAGACUGAACUUAUAAGACCAUAGACCGCUGCCUUGUACUCCUGGCCCAUUACCUCAGUAUUGUCUACACUGACUGGCAGUACUUUUCUAGGGUUUCUGUCAGUGAACCUUUCCCAGGCCUAUCAGGAGGCACAUCUGCUUCCCCAAAACUCCAGAAUCCAUGUUCAACUGCAGUUUUUUUAACUUGGAAAUCCAGUUUUCAAGUUGCACCUUUUGAACCAUAUGUCUGUGUUUCACCUAAAAGGCAGCACAGAUGAGCAUCUGAGUUUCUCUUAUUGCAUACAACUGGAAAAAUAGCAUGGCCAUAAUUUUAGUGCACAAAACACCUGUGUUAGUGGAUUUUUGCAAUUCAAGAAGACCUUAACAGUCUGCUAAUAGUGUGAGUUUUUGUAAGGGGGGCGAGGGAGACCUAAGGGUCAAAUCUUCUGCUACUGUUUGUUCAUAGAGUCUAUACUUCCUAGUAUAGAAUAUGUCCGUAUUCAUGUGUAGUGAUGGUGCCUCUGCCAGCUGAGUGGAAGCUAAUGUGGGUGUAGGUUUCAGGUUGCUUUGGUCUGUGCCAAGCAAACCAUGCCUGAAUUGUUAGUUCAUUCCUCUUUUUACAUGUUUAUGCCUUUGAGUAACACGAGGAUGGAGCCUGUUAAACUGUAUAGCACUUGGCACGUUCUCCUUUGUUUGUCUUUUUGGAACUGCCCUGUGAGGCUAGUCCUUAUUCCCACAUUACAAACUGGGAGCGGCAGAAACAGGCACAUCUUGGCUCAGGACUCCCCAGGGGCGCUGACAGUUGGGAGUGGAAGGUGUCUUUCCUAGAUGCAGGUAAACACUGGAUCAACCUGAUCACAAAUAUUUGGCAUGCUUCAGUUCUUAUAUAAAGAAUUGUGAAAGAAAUAUACAUGCCUCUGCAGAGUAUAUCCCUGGUGCAAAAAUACAACAAAAGGGGUGUUUCAGUCCAUUCUUUAGUCCAUUCUUGGUUUGCAUAAUGGUAGCUGGUGUUGUGUGGUGUGGAAUGCAGCCCACCAUGCUAAUCGCUGCAAGGUGUGUGGUCUUGUGCUCUGCCUGCUCCUUUAAGAAGCCCAAGGCAGGAGGCGGUGCCUCUUACCAAGUGAUACCAGUCCCUCAACAGUGUCCUUAUUGCCUCCUCUAGUCUACAAUUGGGACACGGGUGACGCUGUGGGUUAAACCACAGAGCCUAGGGCUUGCCGAUAAGAAGGUCGGUGGUUCAAAUCCCCGCGAUGGGGUGAGCUCCUGUUGCUCGGUCCCUGCUCCUGCCAACCUAGCAGUUUGAAAGCACAUCAAAGCGCAAGCAGAUAAAUAGGUACCGCUCCGGCGGGAAGGUAAACGGCAUUUCUGUGCGCUGCUCUGGUUCGCCAGAAGCGGCUUCAUCAUGCUGGCCACAUGACCCGGAAGCUGUACGCCAGCUCCCUCGGCCAGUAAAGCGAGAUGAGCGCCGCAAUCCCAGAGUCGGCCAUGACUGGACCUAAUGGUCAGGGGUCCCUUGACCUUUACCCUUUAGUCUACAAUUGAAUUGCUUUUCCAUUCUCUCUCUGCCCGUUCAAAGUAUAUGUGGUUGUCCUCCAACAAAGUGGGCAGAGGUAGCGAGAUGGGAGGGGGAGGGAUCCAGAUACUUCCUAUCUUGUAAUCUCCAUCAGUUGCGUUUCACACCUGCCCAAGCCCAACCUGCUUUAGCAAACCUUUGCACAGCAUUAGACAGCAGAAUAUAUUGGCAGUGUCUCCUAAAGCAGGGCUGGGGAAACGCCAAGCCCAUGGGGCAGAUAUGGCCCCCAUACUUCUCUGUCUGGCCCUUCGAACUUUCUGCAGACCACACCCCUCACCGUACCCUCCUUGAGUUCUUGUUUCUAGGCAGAAUGUGUGCUUGUACGUGAUAAACGUGUCUUGCUUGCCUGGAUGGAGGGAGGUGUUUGUGUGUAGAAGCCUCUGGCUUUUAUGUGCAGAGAUUCACACCCACUCACUCCUGGCUCUGCCCCUGCCCACCACCUGGUGUGCAGCCCCUGGAUGAAAUGUGGGCUGCGACGGGCUCCCCACCCCAAAAGAUGCUCCUGAAUCAGACGCGGAACUGCAGCUUCUUCCUAGAACUGUCCUGUUCUUCCUUCACUUCCUUGCUUUUUCCUUCUGAAAGUGUUGCCGCUGCUUCUCUGCUGAGUGUGGUGCAGCUCACUAGCCCACCCUAAGGUCCAGCUCCGCUUGGAACCAGGGUGAAAAUUGCAGCUGUUGUGCUACACGUCUGCUUCCUUCCCCUCCUCAUUUUGUGGUGCUCAGGCCCUGCUGCAGGCGGACACUGGCAACCUGUGCUGACAAAGCAGCAGAAAGCAAAACCUGCCUGGCAAGGGAAAGGAUUGCUUCAGAACAUGCAGCCUGCCCGUUGCCAAGGGAGGAGCUGUACUCUGCUUCAUCACGUCUCUGCCAUUUACAGAAAAGGGGAAAAAAAACUGCUCCAGCACAAGCGGAGCCACAAGAUUCUGCUUCUGGCUGCCAGAGUCUCAGCCUAAACACCACCUAGUGUGCAGAGAUGGUGAAUGAUGAGCCAGCAGUGGCACUGGGCACGGUUCGUUUCAAGGCUGGCCAUUGCCCCGUGACCCACUUUGCUGGCUUCUCAGUGCAGCCUGGCGGCUGAAUUGCAGCUGAGCUGUGAUUUGAGCAGGACGUUGCCUUUCCAUGUUGAUAAGGACGUUUAAUUUUAAAAUAACAUCCUCAGCACUUGAGGGCAAGGAGGUAGGCUUGCUCCAGGCCAGCUUCCGGUUUCUGAGAUUGCCUAGCAGCUGAAAUCCAUCCUGCAAGCAGACAUCUGAGAGUGUCAAGGCAGACUUUGAAAUAAAGACCUGGACUACCACCUGCUUCUCCAGUUUUAGGUCUGUAAAGGAAGGGUAGAGCAGGUAGAAUGAAAAGCAAAUGGGAGUACCCAAUUGUGCAACAUGGGUUGGCCGCCCCACAGUCUCCCUAGAAUAUGCUGGCUCCUUUAUUUUAAAUUUCCUAAUGGAUGCUUAAUGAGGAAGUACUUUGAGCUUGGUUCGGGAAGAGAUAGUGUUAAGAAGAAUUUUAAACAGUGUCCACAUUGGGCCGUGAAAUGCUAGGGUACUUGUGCCCCUGGAUCUUGGCUGAGAACUAGUUCAGAUUCCCCCACCAUUCAUACCUACCCUUCACUGGAGACCACAACUGGGGCGGCAGCAGGCUGUUAUCAAAGCCUGACGCAAACCUCUUGCUUCAGAGGCUUUAGCAGUUAUGUGGAGGGAUGAAGGGAACAUACAGAUCGCCUUUCCAGCAUCUGGCGUGGCUCAGCUUUGCAGCCAUUGCGAAAGGAGAAUUCUUGGUGUUGUCUAGGUUGGCAUGUAGAGAUUUUCUACCUUUUCUUUCUCUUUUGCUAACUGUUUUAGUGUGUCUUGUUCACAGCUUGAGGCUAAUUGAACCUCUUUUUUUCUUUUUUGCUGACUCGGGAGACUGACAAAGAGUGAGAGCACCAGAGAUUCAUCAGCUGCCUGGCUGCCUCACAUGCACUGCCUGGGUGUGCCAUGAGAUGUGCGUGCAUCCAGAAAUGGCACGUGUAAAUGGCAGGAGACCCGAUGAGUGUCCCUCCUAUGGGUCAACUGCAUUUGUAGGCAUUAUUUGUUUUGGGGUAAAAACUGGCACCACCAGGCUGCACCGGAAUCUGUUCUUCCCCCAUCCCCAUAAAUGUCUGUCUCUUUUUCUUCCUCCAUGGAAAAUGGGCUCACAAUCCUGCACUGAUUGUUACCUUAAGGUGGAAAAGAGGAGGAAUUAUUUCAUGGGAAGAAAUUCCUGUGCAUCUCCUGGAACCAGAAUAGAAACCUCCAGCUCUGAGCUGUUGCCAUGGAAACAAUCUGGGAAUGUCCUCCCACCCUCCUUUAUUAUUAAUGGGGAAUCUUCCCUGGUAAAUGAAAGGAAACUCUCAAAUUCAGAUGCUUGUCAAAGCCGCUAUGUCCUCAGCCAGCAGGGUCCAGCUGCUGCUGCUGCUGCAAGUUCAGAGGGAAUCCCACGGCUUAUGCAAUUGAUGUCACGUUCCCAAGGCACCGCUGUGCUUAGUGCUGGAAAAGCCUAUCCGGAGGGAGGAGGGGACCUCCACCACAACACCAUCGCCUGGCCUCACACUGCCCUUUUUGCAAGUGGAAACAUGGGGUGCUUGUGCAUUCCAGAAAGACGUUUUCGUUUAGUCGUGUCCGCCUCUUCGUGACUCCAGGGACCAGAGCACGCCAGGCACUCCUGUCUUCCACUGCCUCCUGCAGUUUGGUCAAACUCAUGCUGGUAGCUUCGAGAACACUGUCCCACCAUCUCGUCCUGUCGUCCCCUUCUCCUUGUGCCCUCCAUCUUUCCCAACAUCAGGGUCUUUCUAGAGUCUGCUAAAGAGUGCAACACAUUCCCUAAAUGUGUAUUAAGCACUACCACACUGCUGAAUAAUAGUCACCCAUCAAACAGACUUCAACAUACAGCUCCUGUAUUUUAUAGGUAUUAUGGUAGCUCUCUUAUGAGCGCUGUAAAUGUUUUGUCAACCACAUGGAUUUGCUUUGGAAUUGGUGCUUUAAAUUUUGGUGGUGAGGGUGCUGUUUAUCAUAAAAAAUAAAAAAUGGUACAUUGAUUCUAAAAAACGUAUUUGAUAUGGUUUGAAUAUACUUCUGUGUGUUCCUUUUCUGUAAUGUAAUCAUUUCUGAUCUUCCCAGCCACCCACACCCAAUCUUCUAAAUUGAUAUUUUGUGUGUGUGUGUGUGGUUGUGAUUAUGAAACAUUUCUGAAUGUAAGGUCAUGUGGGUGUCUUCUGAGAUGAAAGAAACGGCUCUUUGCUCAAUUUCUAACUGGCUUGAGAGACCGCAAAUGUGAAACUGACCAUUGGCUGCUGCCGUGCCUUCUAGGAACCUGAGGAUUUCCCCCAGCAAAGAUAUAUCAGCCCCGCAGCUUGCUCUGGAGCUCUGCCGGAACGCUAAUGUUCCUGCCAGGCUGGUGUGACCAUUAGCAGCCCCCCUGGGUGCCCCGUGGGGAGGCAGGGAUGCCCUAGACAGCGAAGUGGACGAAGAAUCCCUUGCUUGCAUAAAGAGCUGCUUGAUCAGGGCUCUUCUCCUCAAAAUAGCCUUCAGCUGUACACUGCCUGCUGACUUCACCCAUCGAUUACAUCACCCUGCUGUUGCUCUUUUACUCACAAGUCGCUCUGAACCGCCUCCGCUGAAAAACAUGGUGGUGGUUCUAUUAUUAUCACCAUCAUCGAUUUAUUAAUUGCAUUCUAAGCAACUGUCUCAAGGCAAAUGGCACAUGAGAUAAUUAGAAACAGUUUAAAACACAAAAGCAUGGCAUGCAUUUAAAAUGAGACUAGCUUCUGUGGUGAGUUUUUGUCACCUGCAAACCGUCCCUUGGAGAGCGCUGUCCGAGGGAGUGACUCUGCUUCUGUGGCGCUUCAGAGGGGGCCAUAGAUGUACCAUUGCUGGCUGGUGUUCUGUUUACAUAUAACCCCCAGUUUAAAACAGCUGUGCUGGCUGUCAGUUCAUUUUCAGGCCCAAGUCAAGGUGCUCAUGUUCGUGUUGACAGCUGUAAACUGCUUAGGCCCCAAAUACCCGCAAAAGCACCUCCUUCCCUGCAGACCCUCUCGGGUGCUGAGAUCAGCAGAGGGGGCCCUCUUGGGAGUUCCUCUGCCCUCAGAGGCUCAGGGAGGUGGCAGCCCAGGAGAAGACAUUUCUCUGUGGUGGUCCCUGAGCUGGGGAGCUCCCUCCCUACGAGGUGCAGCUGCCACCUUCCUUGUAUAGCUUCCGGUGAAGCACCUCCUUACCCUUGCUCUUGACGCUUGAGGUCUGUGUUUCUAGGAGCCAUCUUAUUUUUGUGAUUGUGAGUUGUUUCAAACUGUUUGUAAUAUCAUGUGUUAAUGUUGUGCCUACCUUGGUAGCUUUGGGUGAAUCACCGCCAUCAUCACAAUCACCCAUCCUAUUUCCCCAUCUUCUGGUUCAAUAAAAGGAGGUCACCUAUUGGGGGGCCUGGAUGAGUUGGCUACUGGUGCUGGUCAUUGUGGACAGUAUGGUGCUGGAGGGGCUGGUGGCCUGUCUCUGCAUGAGGCAUUGCCUCCCUCCCUGUCUUCUUCAACUGUCCUUUUAAGAAAGUGACCAUCUGCUUGUUUUCAAAUGCAUCGGGCUGAAAUGUUCAGUGUUCACUCCAAAAUCACAAUCUGCCGCUUUUGGGGUUGGAAACUCCUCCAGCUAUAAAUAGCAAAGCCAUGUUCACGUAUGUUAUUUCUAAACACACACACAUCCUAGUUGCUGCUACCACUUCCUGAGUCAGGCAUGCUGGAGGGUUUUCCUUGCCUGCUAGAGCCGCUGGUGUGUUCCUAGGAGACUUGAGAGUUCUCCUGUCAUGCAAACUACUUCAGGCAAAAGCCAAGGGGAAUCCUGCCCUCAGAGAAUUGGCCAUGCUGCUGUUGUGCUAACCCUUUUAAACAUUUCUGUAGUGGCCUUUUCUGGUGAAUUCUGUCCACCUUGUCAUUUGCCUUUUUUCAUAGUUGUGCAUUUAAAAAGCUGUUCAUGGGAGGUGCAUUAACUCAGCUGGGGGCAGCUGCUGAAUGAGAAGUCUGUGUUAGCACAUAGACCUUCCAGAAGUCAUUAAUGACCUGGAGCUGGCAGAGGGCCUUCUCGGUAGUGGCGCCUGCCCUGUGGAACGCCCUCCCAGCAGAUGUCAAGGCAAUAAACAACUAUUUUACUUUUAAAAGACAACUGAAGGCGGCCCUAUUUAGGGAAGUUUUUAAUGUCUGACGCUGUAUUGUUUUUAAUAUUCAGUUGGAAGCUGCCCAGAGUGGCUGGGGAAACCCAGCCAGAUGGGCGGGGUAUAAAUAAUAAAUUAUUAUUAUUAUUAUUAUUAUUAUUAUUAUUAUCAGAAGGUCAGAACUGCAGUUGGUCUCACUAAUUUGGUUAUGCCACGUGGUGCCACUUUGAAACACCGGCUGUUGCGUAUAAAGGUGUUGCUUGAAGCUGCACUAAACUUCUAGGUUCACAGAUUACCAGUACUGUACUUCAAACAUCUCCAAAACUAUCUGCAUUGGGCCACAGUAGUUUUCUAAUAUUAUAAUGCUUUUAAAAAUUAUGAAAUGUCAUUGCUAUAUCCCUGGACUCACACAAAGCUUAGUUUCCCUGGUCUUGCCCAGAAAUUUAUUAUUUAUCGUGUAUUACGUUGUUAUGUUCUGCCUUUCCUCCAAGGCACUUGAGAUGACACACAAGGCUAUAUAUACCCCAUUUCCUCCUUGAAUAAUCACUACCAUUUAUUCUAACCUAAUGCCAACCUGUGAACUUCGUGUCUGAACUUUGUACCCAGGUUUCCAUAGUCCAAGUCUGCCUAUAUUUUUUUAGGAUGUUGUGUAUGACUUCUAAAAUCUUACGUUGGGAUACAGUUUCCCCUCUUCUUGAGGCUCCGUUAUCUAAUAAUUGGAGGUUUCCCACAUUUUUCAUGGAUGCAGUAAUAGUGGACUUUGUUAGGGCUUGGACUAGACAAGCUGUUCCUUUUUCGACAUUCAAGUUCAAGUUUUUAGUCCAUGCAUUUACAACUUAUUCCAGCUCUUCACCCCUUGAGCUCUGCGGCUUGCCCCUUUUCCCCUCUUCCUGUGAUUCUUACUUUUUAAUUCCAACUCUGCCAAAUAUUUCCGUAGUCACUACUCCUGCGCCUUCUCUUGCUUGCAAACUUCUUGUGGUUGUCACUUCAUUCUUACCAUAAAGCUCCCCCUUCCAACAUGGUCAGCUGCCUUCUCUCUCGCUGCCCACCAUCCCCAGGCGAGGUCCUCACUCCCAUGACACUCAGUCUGUCCAGCUCCAAACUCAGCGUCACCAAAUGUGGAGGUAGUGGAACAGCAUGGGUGUGAAUUUUUUGCUGCUGCUCUCCUGAGCUUAACAAGUGUUUAAAUUUGGGGUUUUGUUCUCUGUUCCAGGCGCAUAUUAAAUUUCCUAUGGACUACCCAUAUUCACCACCUACCUUCAGAUUCCUGACCAAAAUGUGGCAUCCCAACAUUUAUGAGGUAGGUGUCUUUCGUGGUGUCAAAAUUUCAACUGCUGUGGCCUCCUUCCUUACCAGGGCAUCGAAACCUCCCUUUUCUCCUCCUUUCUCUUUCUCUACAUCAUUGUCUUCCUUCCCCCCUCCCCAUAUUUAAUCCUUCUUCACCGCCAUGAAGAUAAAUGGGACUAUCUGGAGCACUUGAAGCGAGAAAGAGACUGAAAUCCAAGCGGUAGCCUUGCCUGGUCCUGUUCUCCUCCAUGACACACUUGGCUCUUGCUCCUGCUGCAACAGCUUCCUCUUCUCUCUCCUGCAAAAGCAGGAUUAGGGGUUGGCUGUUUCUUUGUUUCCAUCCCUUCUGCUGUCCUGGGCUUCUUAACUUGUGUGCUCUCUGAUGGGUUGGCCUGCAUUGGCUGUGUGAACUUAGCCCUAUGGUCAGAGAGGCCAAACACUCUCCACUUGUGGACUUGCAUGUUUAACCUUGUCUCUGGCCUCUUGAAGGAGGAGAGCAACAGCGCAGCUGCUCUGCAUCUCUCCCCCCACCCCAAGUCUCGUAUUUCUUGCUUCCAUCCCCACUAGCGGGGGAUAUGGCAGAGCACCAGAGCCUCUGGGCUUUGCUCUUUUAAAGGGGUGUUCAUCUGCAGAGCCAGAAUGGCAGAAUUAAACUCUUCUUUAAUAUCAGGUUUGCCAGCUGGCCUCUAGUAUCUCCCUCACCCCCUUUUAUUGGAGCAAAAGGGUUUUUUUCUGUUUAGGCAGGGAACUCCUAAAUCAGGAAGUGCGGAUGGCAACUUUAUUCCCUUUUUUCGGAGAGCUCUGGCUCCCCCUUCUGGAAUACUGUGGUUUUGGAACACUGCUUAAAGAAAUAAAUGUAUAUUUUUACAAGGGGUUGUAGGAAGCACUUUCAGGGGAGUUGCUUAAGCAGUGGUUAAUAUUUUGUAUUCUUAAGGUUGGAAGUGUAUAUUUUCUUGGUGGCUAACAUUUGAAAGUGCACCCUUCCCUCUAGUGAAAAAGGUUCGGUUCAGGACAUAACCAGAUAAGUAGAGGUGUGUAUGUGUGGUCGAGGGUUUUCUGUCUUAUUGUGGGCCCCUCUGUAUUAGGGCUGGGCGAUAUCUGAUUUUCAGCAUUGUGAUACAUCACCAGCUAAACAUCACAUUAGACCACGAUGUCUGAAAUAAGGAUGGAGCACUGGCUUCAUGGUUUUUCCCGUAUCACGAUUUCUGCAAGCUCCUGUGAUUUGCUGUCCCCUGCAGGAGGCAGGGGAGAGUUGAGCCGGCAGAAUUAACGGGCUGUAGAAAUUGAGAGAAGCAAUGGCUGGCUUCACGGUUUCCCCCUCAUUGUGGUUUUUGCAUAGCAUACACACAUACGCAUCGUGAUUCGCGAUAUAGUGCCAGGCCAAAAAUAUGCAGCCAAUAUCACAAUAUGGACUGGACUGUAUCGAUAUAUUGCUCAGCCAUGCUCUGUAUACUCUGCAGAAGGUGUUUUGUCCGUUGCAUCAGCUGACCUCCUGUGUGUGUAUUCUCUUUUGGUAGAAUGGAGAUGUAUGUAUUUCAAUCCUUCACCCACCUGUAGAUGACCCUCAAAGUGGAGAGCUGCCAUCUGAAAGGUGGAACCCAACCCAGAAUGUCAGGUAAGGCCCUUCAGAGAGAGGAUUCUGUACCAAUGCACAACUCAGUUCUGGAGCUGGGGGUCCUCCUUCUCUAGUGACAUUACGUUUUCCAACCUGCAAAUAAGAAGUGUUGGGUACCACCAGAUAACCUUUUAUGGAUCGUCCACGUGAUGCUCCCCAGAUGUUCUGGACCCCAACUCUCAUCCUCCCUGCCUGUUGGCUGUGCUGGCUGAGGGCUGAUGGGAGCUGUAGUCUAGCAGCAGCUGUGGGGUGGGGGGGGGACCAUGUUGGCCUUGCUUCUUCAAACCCUGAAUCCCAGAUCUGCAGCUUGGGUUCCUUAUUUAUUUAUUUAUUUAUUUAUUUAUGAAUGAAUGAAUGAAGCAUGAGCUGUGGUCACACACAGAAGCUCAUGGGGGUUUAGUGUGGCAGUGGUGGCUGUUAUUAUUUAUUGUGAGGCUCAUGAGAGAGGUGAUGGGGUCAUGUACCAGCAGAAUAGUACAGUGGUACCUCAGGUUCAGUACUUAAUUCGUUCCAGAGGUCCGUUCUUAACCUGAAACUGUCCUUAACCUGAAGCACCACUUUAGCUAAUGGGGCCUCCUGCUGCCGCCGCGCCACUAGAGCACAAUUUCUGUUCUCAUCCUGAAGCAAAGUUCUUAACUUGAGGUACUAUUUCUGGGUUAGCGGAGUCUGUAACCUGAAGCAUAUGUAACCCGAGGUACCACUGUAAAGUAAAGCAUCAGGUCCGGGGAACCAGGCAUCGGUGUCCUUGGUCCAGAGAUGUUCAGUACCUCAUUGCUGUGUAAGAACUCCUGCCAGCACCCCACAAAGAAGUUCAGCCGUAGUCUCUAUGGAAGAUUGCUUUGCCUGUCAUGAACAUGCAAAAAUAGUGGUCGGGGUUAAGGCUGCAAGCUUCAAAUUGGGGAUGAGCCCCCAAGAUGUUGUGAGAAGCCCAUCAAUUUCAAGGCAAAGUGACCAGGUGGCCAUAGUUGAUGGGGAUUGCAGCCCAACAAUACCUAAAGGGCCCUUGCUUUAAAUGGCAGGCUAGAAUCCACUUGAUCCCUGCCAGUGAGAAAUUCCCCUCCAGUGUGGUUGCUCUGUGACAAAACCUGUUCAGAAUCACAACCUGCUGUUCAUCCUUGCAGGUGCAGACUUGCCCAAUGCUGUGGCCCUGAUUCUUUCUUUCUUUCUUCUUCUUCCCCUUCCCCUUCACCAUCUUCUUCUUCUUCUUCUUCCUCCUCCUCCUCCUCCUCCUCAUGCUUUUUCCCAGGACUAUCCUACUGAGCGUCAUCUCUUUGCUUAAUGAGCCCAACACCUUCUCUCCGGCGAACGUCGAUGCUUCGGUCAUGUUCAGGAAAUGGAGGGACAGCAAAGGCAAAGACAAAGAAUAUGCUGAGAUCAUUCGGUAAGCCAAGCAGAACCCGGCUCUCACUCCAGGUGGGUGGGAUAUCCCAACGGGGGCGGUCGGCUCUCCUUUCUGGGGCCAAACCUUGAGGAAUGUGUGAGAAGAGCAAAGCCCCCUCCUGGUGCAGACCAUUGGCCUCAGUAAUAUUUUAGAGGCCUUUCCCACCUCUGCUGUGUGGGAGCAUGAACUGGAAGAUCUUGGCCUCUGCUCUGGUCCCUCUCCCAGCAGCCUGGCCUGGGAGCCAGAUUUUCAUUUGGGGUGUUUGUGGCCUCACAUGCCCCUCCUCUCCCUCUCUUACCGGUGCGCCCCUCCUCCUUCCACCUGGCCUUUCUGUGUGACACCUCUGCCUUUUCGCUUGCAGUUUCCCCUCCUUGCUGGACGCGAAACUCCCAGAGAGUCGCAGUGCACCUAAACCUAAAAGGGGAAGCUGUUCCUCUUUUUUGUCUCUCCAUCUCUGGCUGCUACGUCCAGGCAAGCCAGUGGGACUGUGCUGGCACCAGGCAAAUGGACAAGAGCAUUAACACGCUUUCUGUGUUCUGUGAACAGAUUCAGAGACCUCUUAAAUCUCACCACCAUCAGACCAAAACAAUUCCCUAAGGAAAAACAAAGAUAUCGGAGCAGUGGGUGGAGAUCCUGUGUGCCUCCAGCUUUUGCUGGUCCCCAAUCUGUGGUCCAGGAUGAUGGCAGUUGUAUUCCAGCAACAGCUGGGGACGGGACGGGACACAGAUCCCUUAGCCCUGCUAUAGAAGCUUCCUUACACAGGCAGAGUUUGGAGGCAGUAGCCAGGGAUCCUGUGACAAUACCAGUAAAGCCUGACCUGCUGUGCCCCAGAACUAUUGUCUGACUCAGUGGCCAUUGUUUUUUCCUGUACGCCGACCUUGGGGUUCAGGAGACGGCCAGCCACAGAAGGGAGAGGGGCUGUCAGGUAUGUCUGGUGCUCUCAAAAUGUGGCACAGAUUUGCACAGGUUCUUCACACAGCACAUAGUUAUGGAGGCAGUGAUGGCCACCAAAUUGGAUGGAUAAUAAUAAUAAUAAUAAUAAUAAUAAUAAUAAUAAUAAUUUAUUUAUAUGCCCAUCUGGCUGAGUUUCCCCAGCCACUCUGGGCAGCUUCCAAUCGAGUGUUAAAAACAAUACAGCAUUAAAUAUGAAAAACUUUCCUAAACAGCCUUCGGAUGUCUUCUAAAAGUCUUGUAGUUGUUGUUCUCUUUGACAUCUGGUGGGAGGGCAUUCCACAGGGCGGGUGCCACUACCGAGAAGGCCCUCUGCCUGCUUCCCUGUAACCUCACUUCCUGCAGUGAGGGAACUGCCAGAAGGCCCUCGGCACUGGACCUCAGUGUCCAGGCUGAACGAUGGGGGUGGAGACGCUCCUUCAGGUAUACAGGAGAUUAGACAAAAUCGCUGAGCCCUAUCAAUGGCUACUAGCCACAAUGGCUAUGCUGCAGUAGGAGGCAGAGUAAUGCUUCUGAACACCAGUUGCUGGAAAUCACAGAAGAGCUGCUUUUGUGCUCGAAUCCUGCUUGCUGGCUUCCCAUUGGCAUCCGGUUGGCCCACUGUGAAAACAGAGGCUGGAUUAGAUGGGCCAUUGGCCUGAUCCAGCAGGCUCUGCUUAAAUUCUUACCUUCUGCCCUGCAACCAGGGGAAGGGGGCUCCUGGUUCUGCCCAGGGCCAACUGAGUGAAUGUGCAAUUCGGGUGCACACAGCGAAGGCCUGGCGGAGACAAGCUUGCCUGCCAUGGCCACCUGGUGGGCAGUCCUAACUGUGUGGCACCUUCCUUUCCCCGCCUCCCAGGAAACAAGUCCAGGCCACCAAGGCGGAAGCGGAAAAGGACGGGGUGAAGGUUCCUACCACGCUGGCGGAAUAUUGCAUCAAAACUAAAGUGCCUUCCAGUGACAACAGCUCAGAUUUGCUUUAUGACGACUUGUACGACGAUGACAUUGACGACGAGGAUGAGGAAGAGGAGGAGGACGCCGAUUGUUACGACGACGAUGAUUCUGGCAACGAGGAGUCGUGACCUGCUCCCUCCGGCCCCCGCCCCGCUCCGCCUGCUGUGCCAGAGGGGGCGAGGAGCAGCGGUAACCUAGUGACAGUUCAGCAAAAAAAAUACAUAUAUACAUGGGAGGGGGGAUACCAACCAAGCCCGCGCCUCCUGCUUUCUCCUGUUGUAUGGAUCUCGGUCUUUCCCGCCACCCCUUCCUCUUCUGUUUGGAAGGAAGCCCCUCUGCAGAACGUCACCAUUCUUGCAUUCUUCCCCGCCCCCCGUCACUUGUGUUCUGGGUUUUUGGUUUUUUUGUUUUUCUCUCGAGGAAAGGAAGAAGGCGAUGCUCUUUCCGCACACACCCCCUUCUCACUCUCCCCGCCGCCUUUUCCAGGAGCAUUCACAACCUGACUCAAAACAGGUUUGCUCUGUCUUUAGGAUCUUGAAUUAAACAGUCUUUGAUCAAGAUGUUUAAUGUAUUUAACGCCGGAGACUGUGGGGGGCCGCUCCCCACGAGCUGCAUUUAAACAGGGACAAGUACAAAUGCAACUCUGCUGCAGAGCACUUCCCGAGGUUUCGCUGCUGCUCCGUUGACGAUGACCGCGUGCGCACUUGUUUAGCCUUGUGGUGGUGGUUUUUCUCUCCUCUCUCCCCCCCCCUUUCUAAGGUGUUGGGCAGAGAGCCUAAGCUCCAUUGUACUGAGCUUGACAAGAUUUGGUGCUGAAAGGUCCAGUAUUCCAUUUCAGUUCUGCUAAGUGCGUGUUGGGAUGGGGACAGACGGGUGGUUGGGGGGAAGGAUCUGCUCCCCCUCCCCACCCAGAGAUUUGGGGUGGGGAGAGGGUGGUGGUUGUCUUGUGAUAUGAACCUUCCAAUAAACACUUCAAAACUCUCUGUAUUCUUGUCCCACUGAGCCCUUUUAGUUGCUGGUCUUCCGUAGGGGAUAAACGCUGGCAGCUGUGGCCCCUCCUGUGGCCACCUCCGAAUGAAGAGCCCCAGCAGCCUCUUAGUUCUGGGCAAAGGUAGUUGAAACGCUGUGGCCUGCCACUUUCCUGCAGGGGCCCCAGCCCUGGCAAGCGCGCUCUGAGCCCCAGCUGGGGCAGGAUGCCAAAGGAUCCUUGGGUGAAGGUGGCAUUCAUGACGCCAUGAAGGCAGAUGGGUGCCUGUCAUGCUGUCUAGGGGAGAGCGUUCUUGCCAGGUGAUGGGGGGCUGGGCCUUGGCAGGGACAGUCCUUGGGUCUGGGGGGGGGGAUUCCUUGAGGAGUUCCAGGCUCCCAGAUCAGACUCUCAAAGGCAGAUUCUAAUUGCUCAACCUUGGUUGUCUUAAAAGAGACCAGAGGCCGUAGACACACCUUGUCUUAAAUGUCUGGAUGAGCCAGUAUGAGUUAGACACAUGCAAACAUUCCCUUUGCUGCAUGAUGGCAUUCGGAGCGGAGAGAUGAUGUUGCUGUGGAGAAUUGUGUCAGCCUCGCCUGCUGGCUUCGAUGCUUGUCCUGAAAUGCGCCCGCCAUCCUGGGAGACGGCUCUUGUGCACAGUUCAGACAACAACAGUGUUCCAGUGGAGAAAGUUAGCUGCUCACAGCCUUGGGGAUUAAUGAGGGCUUCAUGACCACUUCCUGCAACAGUGGUGGGUUCAGUAGACAAGGAUUGGCUGUAUGGUAGCUUCUGUGGUGCUCCUGUGACAUAUUUCUGCUAGGCCUUGAAUUGACCGAGGAAAGGGAAGCUCUGUGAUGAGAGACGACCACAAGAAGAGAGGUAGAAACCAAGUGGUCGCCCCAUCAUGGCCGUUUCCUCUGCCCCCAUUCCAGCUCAGCUUGCCUCUUGAAUGCUGGGAUCCCUGCUGUGAAUGUUCUGGUUCUACAGGAAAGGGAGCAAGCCAGUUCCAUCUGAGGUGGUCUGAUGAGUUACCCCAGGUAUUCACCAUGACCCCACUGCUGGGACUUUAGGGGGGUGAUCCUGCUUUAUAGCUCGCCAUUCUGGGAGGCCUUGUGGACUGAAUAGUGCCCCACAUGCACCUCUCGUGGUGGCCCAGCACCCAGCAGAUAACUUGUUGGUUCCUCUGCCCGGGCAGCUCAUCUUUCAGUCUCCUGCUGCCUGGGGCGAGGAUCUGUGCUUUUUCUAACUCGGUUGCAGCUGUGAUCGGAGGGUGGCCGACUGCGUUAGCUGUUGGUGCUGCUGUGGAGUUCAUAUGUGGGGACUUGAGCGAAGCCAGAGAGAUGGGAGAGGACAUGAUGUUGGGCACAGUUGGCGUGUAAGCAGAGGAACUGAAAUGCAUAGCCCUUCCAACUAGCCAUAAGACAAUCCGGAGUGUGUUUGUGUGUAUGCUUUGGAGGAUGUGUGUGUGUGUGUGUGUGUGUGUAGAUGGGCACUGCAAGUACAGCCACCAAUUCUCCCAACAGGGCAGCCAAUGAAAGUUACCAUUUUUUGUUCAAAUUCAGGCUUGUGGGUGGCUCCUUGUCCUGAGUUGGGCGAUGAGAGGAAGGACUGGAUUGUCGCUCUUGGCUCAACCUGAAAUGAGGAUACUGCGUCUUUCAGCUAUUUCUCUCUUGUACUUUGACCGUUUUCACUGUAUGCUCUCCAGUGACUUGUAUUCUCAAGCUUGGUGGUGUGAGAUGCAUUAUUAUACCUCUGUCCUCCCCUCGCCGUAACACUUUUUUUGUGGGGUGGGGAGCACCUGUUUCUGGGAGUUUGUGCUCUCCUCUUUGCUUGGCCAGGCAGACUCUCCCCAACCCAUCAUGAUGUCACUGCCUGCUGACUUGCUGGCUUCCUUGUUCUUGAGAUCCAACCAACCCACCGAAAUGCAACUAUCAAGCUACUUAAAGAGAUUGAGGACAAAUGUUUACUGGAGCCAGCGGUCGGUCGCCUGGUUCUCUCCUACCCCACCCGUGUCUGCGUUUACAUUUCCAACUCAGAAACCAAUUCAGAUGCAGUUCUUAAAUCCUUCUGAAACCAGCAGGGAGCACUAGAAUUCUAUCUUGAUAUGUUCUUUUUUUCAGUGCUAAAAUCCUGGAUGUUUUUCUUCCUCCCUCUCUCUCUCGCCCACUUUGGUUGAUGCAACUUACCAGACCAGAUUUAACUAAUGCAUUAUUUUUCUUUUUGUGUUUUGUCUCCCUUUCCUUUGGUAAUUUAGUUUUGUUUUUUUUCUGCACAUCUGUCUACUAAUAAAAUGUGAAAUAAAGUACACCUCUAUUGUUAGUUCCCUCUUCGAAAGCCACCUUUAUUAGUUAACACAGGCUUACGUGUCUCACAUGAGGCGAGACCUCCUGUAAUCUCUCCCCCUGGCCCCCACUCCAUUUGCUUUUCCAACUGCUUUGCAAAAGUGAUCGCCUGGAAACAGCCAGAAUGUGGCCUUCCCUGUGACAAAAGACGAGAGGCCUCUCUCUAGUGGCUCCUAUUGUCACUACAGACGUGUCUCACUAGGAGUGGAGAGGUCCCUUCCAUGCAUGUUCAGCCAUGUGUUUUCCCUGCAUGCCUUUCUAAAACACAAAAUAAGGUGUGGUGUCUAUGAAGCACUUCUCUGCUCAUACUCGCACGGGGCUACACACAAGGAAGCUUCUCUCAUUUAACCCCUUUUUUGCUUCCCCCCUGCCCACAGAUGUUGCAUUCUGAACCCACCUGGUGCAACUGGGGUUUGCAUGUUGAUGGAGCGGGUACCAAGUGAGGUGGUAGCAGCAGUGCGUACUAGCUCAUGCCAUAAUAGUACAGUACUCUUCAAAUGUAUUUCCCCCCCUCUCCGAAGGUGGGUGUUGCCUUCAUGAGAAAAUGGGUAAGAGCAAACCCAGGAGCUUGCUCCAUCCCUCCAGCUUGUGCCCUGCAGGGUAGCAUCGGUUUCAGCAAUCUGCAGACCAGCCAACACACAAAUAUAAGCCAGAAUCCUCUCUGAACUCAAGAAGGCAUUACCUGAGUGUUUCAGGGCCUUGCCCCUUAACUGAUGUGGAAAUCGAAGCAAUCAAACCACCUGCCAUGUGCGCCAUAACCACAACAGGAAAAAUAGGCAAAGGGUAGGGGCUGUUGGGAAACUUCUACUUAGGAAGCAAUGUUUCAGUGCCAUGAAGGUUAUAGCAGGAUAUUAGGAGAAGUCACACCAGGAUAGCUCAUGCUUUCAAUUUUUUUGCCAUUUCAGAAGGAACAGUCUCUCCACUGACCCCCUAUAGGAAUUGUAAUGAAAGAAAACUUUUUUUUUUUAAGUAGACAUCUUCAUGUUCUUCAGGUAUUUUUCUAAAAUUAAAUGAAUAGAUGUGGAUGGCUUUUAAGUUUCUUCACUGGUCUUUUAAAGAAAUCUUGGAGAAUGGCCCAUCUGUUAAGAGAACAUGCUCAUGCGGUUAGGUCCAGUAUUAUAACCCUCUACUUCCCUUAACCACAGAAAUGGCAAGCUUUCAAGUAGAUUCUAUGGGCCUUUGGCUAAGAAUCCUGCAUCCUUACUGGCAGCUACUCCAAGAAUAGAGCUCCCUUUUCCAUAGAGACAACCUGGCCUGCUAAUUGGUAUAGUUGUAUGGAAGCCUAUAGGCCAGUGGUGUCCAAACUUUUUUCAAAGAGGGCCAGAUUUGAUGGAAGUGAAGGGCCGUGGAGAUUUUACCCCAGGAAAUAAACUGCCACAGGGGCCAAAUUAAACCGACCGGCGGGCCAGAUUAGGUCCCUGAAAUGGACUUUGGACUUGCCUGCUACAGGCUUCUGUUGCAAACCUCCAAUAGAUCCCAUCUAGGGUUUUCCUGUGUGCAUCCUGUUUAUAGUCGUUAGCCUACUGGGGAUAGCUCAAUUGGCAGAGUGUGAGACUCAGGGUUGUGGGUUUGAGUCCCACAUGGGGCAAAAGAUUCUUGCAUUGCGGGGGGUUGGACUAGAUGACCCUUGUGGCCCCUUCCAACUCUACCAUUCUAUGAUAUAAUUUUGCUGCAUGAAUGAUCCGUUUUAUGCCUUUGCAACCUCAGUAUUGGGCUAGUAAUGCAUGUGCCUUGCUUUUGGAAACGUGGUUUGUAGCCUAGGAGUCCGCAACACCUGCUGCUGUGAUUACACCGUUGCGGAGGGUUCUGGCUACUUCCUUUCUCUUGACCCAGGAGAUAAAAGUUCUGAUUUUGCCCAACAGUUGCUUUCUCUGUGACAGCAGAAAAAGAGAUCCUAGGGCACUGAUCCUACCUUUUCCUUUUAUUCAGGUGCAAAGUGAAAGAAAUGUGUUUUCUUAAAAGUACCACCUAAACUUGCCACUGAGGUAUUGACCAGUUAUGUAGGGUAAACUGCAUGCAUCUUAACAUAGCACAUUUAAAUACUAAUUUAUUAUGGCAUAAGCUUGUGGAAGGCAGAACCUAAAUCAUGAGAUGGAUUAAAGGGGUCUCGUGUGCUUUGAUAAGAGCAUCUCCAGGGUUAAUACUGCUGUAAACCAAAAUUAUGGAAUAAAAUGCAGGUAAAAGAGGAACUUGGGAAAGUGAUGGCUCGUAAGGUAAACGUCCUAUGCAGGAUAAUUUUCCCACACAAGGCACCAGUAGACUGCUAUUUGAAAUCCUUAUUCUGGUUACAUAAAUUCAGGCGGAUCUGCCCAUAAAUUAUUACUUAAAUUGAAAAUGUGCCUAAAUAGAAAUUUGCUAUCUUAUGUUCCGAGAAAGGCAGAGAUUGCAUCUAGUACAGUAUGGAAAAACUUCUUUUGUGUAACAGUGUGUUUACAAAAACGAAUGGCUGCACUUUAGGGAAUUAAAGAUGGCAUUAGUGGGUUAAAAUUCUAAACAGAAGUUAGCUGAAAUGGUUUCAGUACUGAAGUGUGACCAUUCGUGGAUCCAUGUACAGAAGGCAGGUCAGACAGCACACGUGUCAGAAAGAAUGCGAAGGAAGCCCGAUUUCUUUCCUCUUGAGAAUAAAUUGUACAAAUAAAAGCUAUGUAAAUUUCCUCAUUUUAGGAUUGCAGAUGUCUCCAUUUUACCAGCAUGAUUUUGCACCCAAGACAAGAGGGAGCCUUAUGCUGGGGAAGAAGUGACGGGCCUAAUCUAUAAUGAGUGAGGAACUGGUGACCCAGAGACUGGAUGCAACCCCAUGGGGCCUUGCCCUGUUAUUUAGGUUUGACAGCAGUUUUCUAUUGACCCCCACACCACCCCCAGUAGCAUAUGUUCAAGCCUAAUUCCAGCAAAGGGGGUGGGUGUGUCAUUGUUGAGCAUCUGAAAGCACUUUGCAAUGCAUUUUGUAAAAUAAAAGCUAGAGUUUGGUGCUUUAGUUCACAGCUGGUUAAGAACGUAAGCUUUCUUAACAUAAAACUUCCUUCUCUACUUGCUUCAUACCUGCAAAACAGGAAUAAAAGAAACCCUCUUUGGCAGGGUAAGGAACCUGCAGCCUGCUAGAUGUUACUGAAUUUCAGCACCCAUUGUCCCCGACUGUUGAAUCUGUCUUGACUGAUGGGAUCAGAAGCCCAACAUCUGCAGGGCCACUGGUUCCACAUGCCCAGGAGAGGGAUGCAUGCAUUCUCCAGAACUGGAUCCUUCCCGGAGGUGGAGGAAUAGCUGGACUUCAUCUCUAGUUAAAAGGACUGGGCAGCCAAGUAAUGGGAAAGACCUCUGUGUGCAAGAGUAGACUGGUGGGCUGGAUGGGUUAAUAGCCAUACCUCCUAUGAAGGAAGAUACAGCAACCUAAAGGCAACAAGAGGGAACUUGGGUGUGAUAAAAAAUUAAGUGCAUUUUAAUGUUCCUUACCCCUUCCUUGCUCAAAGGUUCCAUAGUAUUUUGAUACGCAGACAGCGAAAGUAGGACAAACACCCAAUGUGCCCAUUUUGAGCUACACUAGAGCCUUACUUGGUGGGUCCAGAGUUCAAUUUGUUGCCUCUCCAGACAUUUAGGACUAUAACUCUGAUCUGGUGCCACACUGGCAACCCAGGAUGAAAAACUAAAGAUUAAAACCACCAGGAGUCUUGUGGCACCUUGAAGACUUAAUAGGAUGCCAAGAGUGUCAUGGUUCUCUCUUGCUCUUAAGAACUGCUAAGGGUAAUGGUGGGAGGGGAAGACUUUUGACAACUGAUGCUGCAAACACUACUGACACGCUCAGAACUUUUAUUAGGUGGAGUUCAGGCCAAUAAAAAAUGAAAUUUCUAAAACAUUCACUUGUGUUGGUGUAGGACAGGAAGAAUGAGGCAUCUUCCCACAAACACCCUUCUGAUCUCCCUGCCCCCACUCCCAAAAUUGAGGGGCAGGAGGAGACAUCACUGGUUUCUUUUCAAGCCAGUUCAGGUUUGUGGCAUGAAGCCAAAGGCCAAGUUACAAAACACAAUUAUUUCGCACCUUCUUAUUUACAGAACAGCUACACUGCUGUGCCCAAUUGGCAGACACAAAGUUCUGGGAUGUGAUGGAGAGUCCGUAUGCGCUGGCUGCAAAAACGAACAGUGGCGGAGACAGCACUGUAGCUUUUGUGUUUUAAAAACAAUAAAAAGGGGUGAUGCUGCAACCUGC